CCCCUCUUUCCGACCCACGCCGCCAGCUCUCCAGGCCUAUUAAAAGCCUCCCCCCGUCUUCCCUCGGUCGUUUCUCUAUCGGCGUGAGGAGGAUUAAAGUACAGAAAACCCAACCCUCGUUGCCCUUCCCAUCAUGGCGGCGCGGCGGCUCCCCUCACGCCGUGCGUCCUCCCUUCCCCCCUCCCCUCCGGCCUGCUGCUGCUCCUGCCACCACCGCCCGACUCGAGUGCCGCCCGAGCUAGGCCCGUUCUGAGGCGCCCGCCUUCCCGGCUUUAUUAUUUCCCCCCCUUUUGCUCCCGCCAUCGCGGCAGCGGCGGCGGCGGCGGCGGCUCCUCAGCCGUGAGGUGGCGAGGCCUCCUCUCAGCCUAGGCCGCGCCUGUUUCCCCUCAGCCGAGCCCGAGGAGGGGCGCGCGCCCGCUCCCCUCCUCCUCCUCCUCCUCCCUCCUUCCCUCGCUCCCGCGUGUGCGGGUCUCCCGCGCCCAGUCGCAGCAGCCUCCUCCUCCGCCACAUCCCGCCGCCGCCGCCCUCCUCCUCCUGCCUGCCUGGCUUCUCCUUCUUCCUCCACGGCGCAGGCCCGCCGCAGCGCAGCCGCUCUGAGGUGAGUGUCCUACCGCGCAAUCUCCCAGCAGCUCCUCACUCGCCUCGCGCCAGACCCGGCGCAGCCGCAGCAACGCGGGGGCCCCGCACCUCCUCGCCCUCCGCCUCCUCCUCCUCCUCUUCCCCAGAAGAAGAAGAAGAAGAAGAAGGGGGAAAGGACCGCGAGCCGCCCCCGCCGACCGGGCGCGCGCACGCUCCCACCCCCCUCACGAACACCCCCCCCCUCACACCGGGGCCGCCGCCGCCCCCUCUUGCCCCCGCGGGCCGAGGCCUGACUAGGCCCCGAGGAGCCUCUGAGGGGAAGGAGGGAGACUUAGGCCGGCCGUGAGGGGGGGUUCCCUUUAAAAAAUAGGAGGUUAUUUUGACCCUCUUUAUGAGGGGGGGGAGAGGAAGAAGAGACCCUAACUCGGGGGAGGGCUGUGUUGUUGUUGUUAUUAAUUGCACUUAUUUUAUUUCCCGCCCUCUUUUCGCGCUAGGCCGCGACUCCUGGGGUCGAUUUGUACGGCUACUUGAUAUUCCAUCCCCCCCUUUUUUUCUCUUAAUCCUGGGCGCGGGAGGGAAAGGGACGCGCGCGCCUUUUUUCGGGGAACCCCCCUCCUCAUACACAGACUCAGGGCAGUGUCAAGAUGGGGGGGUCUUCCUAUUUUUCUUUCCAACCCCCCCCCCCAAUCUGCUUUCUUUCCAAAUCCUCCUUGAUUUUGGACGUGGAGAUGGGGCGGCCUCCUGAUGAAAUCCAGGAUAAUUCCAAGCAGCCAAGAACAACCUCACCCUGCUCUUUCCCCCUUAAAUAGGAACCCCCUUUUUUGUCCACCUCCCCAUUUUGAGAAAGCGGGGGGCAUAAGGUACUGGUUGGAAAGCAGUAACUUUGAAGGAUUUGCCUGCCCCCACCCCUUAUUUUUUUCUUUCUUUCUUUACUGGAGGCCAGAGACUUUUUUUAAAAAAAGAUUUUCCGUCUUCUUGCACAAAGGGGAUUUUUAAAGUUGAAAGGUGGGGCAAACUUACCCUAAAUAAAUACAUUUAAUCUAUUGAUAAGAAGGGAGGCAGUCACCAGGUGUUUUUUGUGGUGCGGGGGGGGGCAUAGGCGCCCAGCCUAAUCUCUAUUGUUGGGAUUCCUAACAGAAGUGCAAACUUCUGUCUCAAGUUGAUUUCCCCCCACUGACUGCUCUUGAUCCCCCAGUCAUUGAGAACGGUGGGCCCUUGCAUGCUCUGUAAGAGAAAGAAUGUUUACCACUGAGAAUUUGACAAUUGGACGGUGUAUAAAUUCUGUUAAAUAAAUAUAUUUCUCCUGGGUUCUGGUUAUAUGCAGACUUGCAUCUUUUUAAUGUUUAAAUUGCACCCACCCCAAUCCUUUUGGAUAGUGCAGAAGGGGACCAGAGUGCAGGUGCCUAACCUAUUCCCACAGUCUUUACCUGUCCCUAAAUUGGUGUGUGUGCUUUUACCCCUUGACUGGUUGGCAUGGAAGGAAGAGUCCCUGUUUGCCUCAAGAAAUGCAGGGUGCUCCGUCCAGGGUGAGGAUCCUUGCAAGAGAGCAAAUCUGUAUUCUUAGACAGGGAGGAGAUGGAUUCUUUAGACAGCUCUCGUUCCUGGAAAUGGGUGGAUUAAGGCUUGGAAGUCUUUGCAGCUCUGGUGGGGAAUGCUAGAAAGCUCAUGGCUCAUUGGCUGUGCUAAGGAAGCUGUAGCGAAACUAUCAUUGCUCAACUUGCUGCUGUAGCUUCCCCAAAAAAGCAGGGUGGGGGAGGGAGAACCUGUGGCCCUCCAGUUGUUGGACUACAACUCCCAUCAUCCCUGACCCAUUGACCAUGCUGGCUGAGAGUUGGAGGGCCAAAAUCUAGAGGGACACAGGUUCCCCAUCUCUACCAAAAUUGUUGCCCAAUUCCCUUCCCUAUUAGGACCCAGAAAAAGGCAGAUAUCUCACUGGUUCUUUCAGUAGGUUCAGGGACUAGCACAGCCUUAAGCACCCUGCAGUUUAGGAUCUGGGCCACAGCGUUGGAGAGGCCUUUAGUGUGUGCAUUUAGUGUCUUGCAAGUGCCUUUCAAAAAGGAGUGCUCCAUUCCUAUCCUAGAUUUCCUUCCUUCCUUCCUUCCUUCCUUCCUUCCUUCCUUCCUUCCUUCCUUCCUUCCUUGUUCUUUCCAAGAUGUUUGAUGUGUGAAGGGGCCGUUGGGUUUUUACCCUCACAUUAGCUAUGUCUCAGAAGCAGGUGAUGAGAGGUAGAAGUUUUGUAUACUAACCCUCUUCCCAAACUGUGUUGGGAGGAAUGAGCCAAGGCUCAAAAGUUGCUGUAGCAGAGGAGCUGCUUGUCAGGGGAAGUGGCAGACUGCCUAUCCUUUGCAUAUCAAUAGAAACUGGGUGUGGUGGAGUUCCUUUUAUCUAAUGCAGGCUAGGCUUUGAACUGUGCAGGGCUGCAAGGGCACUGGAGGAGAGAGAGAGGGAAUGGCUUCUUCCCCAGACCUAUGGUUAUGUGGGAGUGGUUUGAAUAAAACUUAGUGCAUUUAACACAACUUGGAUAAGAAGUGUAUGGCGGAAGCUGUAGUGCAAUUUGUUUGAAAGUUAACCUCUGUGUACCAAUUUUUAUGAUGUUGUACUGGAGGCCAGAGACAUGUGCAGAUACAGGACUUCUGUUUCAGUGUAUCUGAAGAAGUUUGCAUGCACACGAAAGCUUAUACCCAGAACAAACUUAGUUGGUCUCUUAAGAUGCUGCUGGACAAAAUUUUUAUUUAUUUAUUUUAUUUCAACUGCAUCAGACCAACACUUCUACCUACCUGAAUCUAGAUACAGGAUAUGUAAGAUACUUUGGUUAACAUUGCAUUUUGUCUGGCAUAACUUGCAGUGUUAGAAACUCAGAUAUAUAAUCUAAUUUGCCCAAUGGCACCUUAAACCUGGGUUACGGUUGCCACAAUGGGUGCCCUUUUCCCCCCAGUGCAUUUUUUUUAAAACACAUAUUAUUGAUUUCAUUUCUAUACUACUUUAUAUUUUAAAGAACAGCUCUCAAAGUGGUUUGCAACGUUUUAAAACAUCAAAUAAAACAAUCCAGAGUAAAACAAAUGAAAGCUUCAAGGAAAAUAUUUCAGAUCUUUCUCUAAGUGACAUUUUGCUUUCCCCAGUCACCAGCCUGGCAUUCAGAGAUCCCCACAUAGUCAUCGUAGGACCCGUGUCAGUCACAAAACACACAUGGUGCCUGACUAAUUUCUGUCAUUGGGCAUAAGAUACUGGGAGGGACACCAGCACUAGCCCUCUACACCAGAAGAGAGAAGCUGGGUCAGUUGCUUGUAGCUGUGACUUCGUACAGUGCAUCAAGGUGCAAAUAAUUUUUAUCCUUGUUAGAAUUGCAGCCUCCCCACAGUUUUUAUGCAAGAGGGAAACAGUGGCAGUAAAACUGGUUUUUAAAUAGUUUUCUUUGAUAUGCAGAGGACCCUUAGAAAGUGUUAUCUGGAACCAGGAAAAUUCAUCUUCUGUUAUCCCACAAGGAUAAUUUCUCCCUGGGCUUUUUUCUUUCUUUCCUGAAAAUGUCAACAUUUGUUUUGCUGCAUUCAUGUUUCAAAGCGGAGUGGAGCUUCUGUGUCUGCAGUCUCCACUUCUCUUUAGGCUUGCUUCAGACAAGACUCAUUUCCUACAAGGAAGUAACUGAAACCGCUUCUUUAAAUUGGCUCAUGCAGUAUGAUGGUAAGCAUUUUGCCUGAAAGCAAGUCUCGCUGCUACUUACUGCCUCGAUCCCCACACAUGAUCCUCCUACACAGGAUGCUUUCACAUAUCCUUGCUAUCAUUCAGUUCUUUGCCAAAAAAAUUCUCGCCUCACCUAAAACGUGUAGAUAAAAUUUCUGCAAGAAGGAAAGAGGUGUGUGCGUGCAAUACACAUACAGUGGUACCUCGGGAUGUGGACGGGAUCCGUUCCAGAGCCCCGUUUGCAUCCAGAAGCAAAUGUAACUAGCGACGGCACUUCUGCGUACGCGCGCAUCGCUUUUUGCCGCUUCUGCACAUGCGUGUGACUGCAUUUUGAGCGUCUGCGCAUGCGUGAGCGGCGAAACCCGGAAGUAGCGAACUCCCUUACUUCCGGGUUGCCGUGGAGCGUAACUUGAACACGCUCAACAUGAAGCAUCUUCAACCCAUGGUAUGACUGUGCAUGGUUAAUGUACAUAACUUAAAGCAAAUGUUUUUGACACACAAAGUGAAUCCUGUGUCAGUAGAGAUACAGGCUGGAUCUAGACCAGGGGUCAGCAAACUUUUUCAGCAGGGGGCCGGUCCACUGUCCCUCAGACCUUGUGGGGGACCGGACUAUAUUUUGGGGAAAAAAUUGAAUGAAUUCCUAUGCCCCACAAAUAACCCAGCGAUGCAUUUUAAAUAAAAGAACACAUUCUACUCAUGUAAAAACACACUGAUUCCUGGACCGUCCGCAGGCCGGAUUGAGAAGGCGAUUGGGCCAGAUUUGGCCCCCAGGCCUUAGUUUGCUGACCCCUGAUCUAGACACACCGAAGAAAACAGGUAGAGAAAAAACAGGACUCCAUAUCUCCAUCUGAUGGCACAAUGUUACAUUGCAUAUACAAUGCAUUUGUUGUUAAGUUGUUUAGUUGUGUUUGAUAAAUCACUUUUUCUUUACUAGUCUAGCUGAGUUCACUGUGAUUUAUAGACUGUUACAGUGUUGGGCCAGAGCAAGAGAAACACAUUCAGAUCCCCUGAACACUCAAGGUUCAGAUCAGACAAAAGAAGUCACUCGCACAGCACAUAGAUAUUGGGAAGGAGACAGACCAUAAGCCUGUGUUUGCAUAUAACACUAAGCCAAACUAUAGUUUGGCUCCACGUAGAGCAUCAGGAACAGCAGAGGAGUGAAGUGGCCGUGAUUUUUCAUCUUGGACAGAUAUCAGCACACGUAUUCAUUCUUGCUAAACUUCAGUUUUGACUUAACUUAGUUAUAGAUGAACCAGACCGCAGUCUCAGGUCAAUCCGCUUCACGGAAAUGCUCUGAGCUUGGCAGUAGGAUGAAAACAGAAAUGUAGCCUAAGAAAAAUAAUCAGAAUUUAAUGGAAGUAUCUUCCCACACUAGAAUUCCAAUUAAUGUUUUGUGAUAAAAGCAAGAGUCUUCUAGUAGCACAGUCAUACCUCUGGUUGCGUUUGCUUCAUGUUGUGGAUUUUUGGGUUGUGAAUGCAGCAAGUGUAUACCUCCAGGUUUCACUGCAUGCGCAGAAGCGAUCUGCGUGUUUUGUGCAUGCACAGAAGCGCUCUUUCGCGCACGCGCAGUAGUGUCACUCUACUUACGGUCUUUUUGGGGUGCAAAUGGCACCCCAAAAUGGAUCACGUUCGUAAGUAGAGGUACCACUGUAUAGCAAAUAAGGAUGCUGGUGGGAUAAAAAUUAGUUACGUUUAUUGUUCAUAAUUCUGUUAUAUUGGGUGGGGGGAAGAAAUACUUAACAGUACAAAUCAAAGGGUUGCUUACCUGAUUUCACCAUAGCAUUGAGAGUGUUGUAAUAAGCAGGCCCUGCUUCCAGAAAACGGAGAUAAUUUCUUUCCAUGGUCUUAAUCUUUAAAUCUCUUUGGCUACUUCUGUCUUCUGUUAUGGUCUAUAUCAUUCAGUGUGUUAGCUAGAGGGGCUGUACUUUUGCUUUUAACUUUUGUCUUACUGUUGCUCCACCCACCCGUAAUACUUUUGUCAUACUCUUGUUUCCAGUGGCAUUGGGGCACCGGUCUCCCAAGCCCGGGUGUGGUGUUCCAGCAUAGCAUUUUAAACUCUCACCCUUGCACCAUCACAAAUACGAGGCUGGCAGAGGACAGGGCACGACGACCCCAAGUCAGCAAGCUGCACACGUAAAAGAAUCUGUGAACGGAACAGAAUUCUGGGGUUACUUUGGCCCCCAAGUCUGCCGUGGAUUCCUGAACUUGCACAUGAAGGCGUAGGAUUCAUAGUCUGACCACUGGUUUAUUUAGCCCAGGAUUUUCUACUGUGGCAGCAGCGCUCAAGGGUCUUAGGCAGAGAUCUUUGCCAACAGAUGUUUUAAAAUGAGACCUUCCACCACUGAGCUUUGUCCGACUGCUAACAUAGGCCAUGACAGCUUGUCACAUACUUGGUCUGAUUCCACAUGCUUUCCCCACUAAUGAGUUUUAGGCAUAGUUUUGGGCCUGCUGGCUGAGUAAUGUCCAGGCCCAGUGUGUGUGCUUUUUACUUGCUUGCUAUGAUGCCAUGUUGCUCUCUAGCUUAGAGUAGAGGGGUGCAGACAUCCUCCAUAGAUGUGUUGAGUUUCCAAGGGUUCAGUAGGUUCACCCCACCCCCAGUAUGUGGCUAAGGACCUACAGGCUAGCCUUGUGUGUGUGUCUAUUCAAGGGUUAGUACACAUUUAUACAUAUUUUACACACACACACAAAUUUUCAUUAAGUUUUUGAAGAAAAAAAUUAUAAAACAAAACGAUGGGUUCCAUCUUUAAGAUUAAAUUUACUGUAUCUUUUACCAUUAUCUAUCUAUUCUAUAACUAUAAUUUACCAUUAAAAAAUUCCGCAUUAUGAGUGUCUUUACAUCCCUGCCAAAGAUUUUAACUUUUUACAGUGGUCUUUUAAGUAAAUUACAAAUUUACUCUAGUCUUUAGAAAAUACCUGGUUUCGGAUCUUCCCCAUCAGUUUUGCCAUUUCCACAUACUCCAUUAGUUUCGUCUGCCAUUCUUUUGUUGGUACUUCUCCUUCCUUCACUUCUGGGCUAGUAGUAUUCCUGCUGCUGUUGUUGCAUACAUAAAAAGUCUUUUCUCUUGGGAACUCUUCACCUAUAAUACCUAGUAAAAAGGCUUCUGGUUUUUUGACAAACGUAUUUUUAAACAUUUUCUUUAAAUAUAUAUAUAUUUCGAGCCUUUACCAAUGUAUGAGUCACCACUGAGUUCAGUGAGGUUUCAUACAAUUGCAGCCUAGGUUCAUUCCCACUUUACGUCUUAAGCAGUCAUUGUUGCAACCCCUUAAGAGUCACAGCUCCUUAUGGUCUUGUCACCAACAUAAUGCUAAGGACCCAUCUGUCAAUGCAAGGAUUUAUGCUUUUGCAACAGAACUUCUCCCUCCCUCAUCCCCUAAAUCUGCUCUGGGUUCCCCCCCCAACCCCCCCCUCCGAGCAGAUUUGAGGAGGGCAGGGGCAGGACAACUGGAUUGCACAACUGGAAAUCCUUGAGGACUGGUUACUUAGCACUACUUUGGAUAUAACCCUGAACAUGUAAAGGAGCUAUGAAUCUGGAAGAGCUGGGCUACUCUUUUGCACUGUGACUGACAGAGAGGCUCCCUGUCCUGCAAAUUCAUGAAAUCUGUGAAAGACUUAACAAAUCUUGUGUCCAGGUGCCCCGACUUUGUGGAACGCUCUGUCCCAAGAGACUAGGGCCCUGCGGGACUUGACAUCUUUCCGCAGGGCCUGCAAGAUGGAGCUGUUCCGCCUGGCCUUUGGUUUGGACUCAGUCUGACCCUUAUAUUUCCUUCCCCUUAUGGUUUUGAUCUAUGGGCUACUUUUAAAAUGAGGCUGCAUUUUAAAAUGCAUUUUAAAUUGUGUUUUUCCCCCUAUUAUGUUUUUACUGUAAUUUUACUGGUGUUAGCUGCCCUGAGCCCGGCUCUGGCUGGGGAGGGUGGGGUAUAAAUAAAAAUUACUAUUUUUAUUAUUAUGUGUAAAAACCAUAAAUGUCAUAGAGGAGUUCUGUCUGACAAUGAUGUCUGACAACUACUUCCAUGUCGAAGUACAGAUCAUCUGUCUUUGCCUUGUGUUCAACUGGAAACAGCCUGAGCCCAACGCCUCUCAGGAUCAUCAAUCUCCAUUUCACCCUUCCUGGGUUCUGGCUAUGGUAUCAUCCUUAUAAGAGAUGAGAUCAGAUAGCAAAGAAGCAGACAGAUCUCAGGGCCUCCUCAGUGCUGGCCCCUGUACUCUGGAAGCGUGUUAGCAAGAAGAUAAACCACAACCUGCUCCUGUUUAUUUUUGGAGGAGGAAUUAAUGGAAGGCAGUUCUUUUUUCUUGAGCCUUUGGUUGGGCUCUCUUUAGCCUUCCCAGCUGCACUUCUGGGAUCAGUCCCACUUGCUACAGAAACCUCUUCCUUGCAAUGUCAGAGAUCAGUGCCUGAUAAAGGACGGCAGGGUGUUUGUGUGUGUUGGGGCUCCUUUCACCCAGUGCCCUGCUCUGUCAGCGUUCGUCGCUUGUUCAGCUGGUACAUGCAAGUACAUAUUAUGCAGCUGCCUUUCUCUUUGAGGGGUGACAAUUGUUUUAAAUUGCCCGGCUGCCCUGUAUCAAGACCUGUCUUCAGGCAAGCAGCUCAGAGCGCUUGCUAAUGAGAAUUUUCUCCGAUGCCAAAAUCCAACAGCCAUUUUGCUGUUAACUUGCUUAAAACAAAGAGCUGCUUUGUAUUCCCCUCUCCUUUUCGCUAGCAGCCCAGACUGUUUUUUCUUCUUUUUCAAGACUGUGAUUAUCUUCUUUUAAAAUAUGCUUCUAGCAGGGACUCUGCUUUGAAAAUGUCAGUCCUGUAGGUGUGAUAUUUUGGGGAGAGGUUUCUAGGCAGGCAGUGCACACAGAAGGGACCAUUGCCCCAAUCCUGGUUACUGGUUUGUUUGUUUUCACACAGCCCCCAAUCAGCUGCUGGCUAUGAAUAUUUCCAUAUCACAUAGCUGACAUAUGAAGGUGAGAGAAACACUUCAGCUCAAAAGUAACAUUUGCUUGACUGGUUAAAAUAGGAUUUUGGGCCAUCUUGACUUUGGUAGAGAUUGUUGCUUUCCAAAGUGGGUGGACUUGGAAUCAAGGCAUGGGUGGGCUUAGAAUAAUGCUUGAGGUUUAUACUGGCUGCAAAUUGACCGCCUCAAGUCUGCUGUUUUCCAAAACCUGCAGAUCUUGACUGCUGAAAGAGGAGAACUGUCGGACCUUUUGGGCGGGGGGUAUGUUGUGUACAUUUUUAUAUAAAGAUUUACUGUCAGAAAGUUUUCCCUGAUGUUGAGUGGGAAUCCCCUUUCUUGUAUCUUGAAGCCAAGGGUUCGAGUGCUACUCUCCAGAGCACUCAGUGCUCUCUGGUCUAAAAGCAGUCUGGAGGCACACGCAAUGUGUACCACACCUCUUUCCAAAUGGCCAGUUCUUGCAUUUUCACAUGUUAUCUGUCAACGUCUACCAACACCUCUCCUAGCUGAAGUAGAAGCCUCUUGGUUCAGGCUAUCCUUGCCCACAAACUUGAUCUCAGCCACCUUCUGAGCAGGUGCUUCCCAUGACAGUUCUUCUUUGGAAUCAAGAGCACAGCUUGGCAGCCUCCAGUUAUACUGCUACAACCUUCAGCCAAGCACUCGUCCGACAAGCGGCAGUUACGCUUUACUAUUAUUUAUUGAAUUUAUAUGCCGCCUUAUACCCGGAGGUCUCGGGGCAGUUCACAGAAAAGAUCAACAUAAAAAGUCUUUGGGGAAUAAAUGGAGCAGGAUAUGGAAGAGACUUGGAACAUUAGAUCAUGGCACUCUUAAUCUCAGAGUCCCACGUUGGGCAAAAGUUUCCUGCUUUGCAGGCAGUUGGACUAGAUGACUCUUGUGGUCCCUUCCAACUCAUUAUGAUUCCAUGAUUAACUUGAAAACUUUAAUUUAAGGGGUGCUACUGAAUUGUUUGGAGGAUGCCUGCCACAGUGAGCAGAGCAGAACUCUUUGGCCUCUCUCCAUAGCUAGACAAACCCAAAUCCUUGCCUCAGUUAUUGCCCAAUUCACUCAGUUAUCAUGCAGUGCAAAAUCUAGAGAAUUUGGCUUUCGGAGAGGCACAUCCGCCUGUCCUUUCCACACCACAGAGUGAACUGUAUGGCUCCACAGAGGCCUUCAAGAGUCCUCCAUAUGAACCAUCUCCAGCCUCCCUCGAUUGAGCAUUCAUGUGCACAUGCACAGCACCUUUGGAGUCUGAGGCCUCUGCAGCAGUUGUCUGCUUCCCCUACCCAAGUAAUGAAAAAUGCUGUAAAAGGGUUUGAAGCCUGCAGGGCUUGGAACACGCCCACCCCACCCCCCGCCUUCGCCAGCACUAGAGUUCUUGGGGAAUUAAGGAUAUGGUACCCGUAUUUCGGGGACGCAGAUGGCGCUGUGGGUUAAACCACAGAGUCUAGGACUUGCUGAUCAGAAGGUCGGCAGUUCGAAUCCCCGCGACGGGGUGAGCUCCCGUUGCUCGGUUCCUGCUCCUGCCAACCUAGCAGUUCGAAAGCACGUCAAAGUGCAAGUAGAUAAAUAGGUACCACUCUGGGGGGAAGGUAAAUGGCGUUUCCAUGUGCUGCUCUGGUUCGCCAGAAGCGGUUUAGUCGUGCUGGCCACAUGACCCGGAAGCUGUAUGCCGGCUCCCUCGGCCAGUAAAGCGAGAUGAGCGCCGCAAUCCCAGAGUCGGCCACGACUGGACCUAAUGGUCAGGGGUCCCUUUACCUUUAACCUGUAUUUCAGAACAACCCAAAUUCUGUUCGAAUGUCUGGUUAAACAAAUGGAGUUGCAUCCAGACACUGAGCCUGGGGAGUUCUACUUACAAAAGGGACUUUUCCUUUCCUCUCCAAGGGCACCCUCAAAAUCUUCUCCAGAAAGUCCUCCAAACUUCUGGAGAAGAUGUUGGGCAGAGGGGCUUCAGGGGAGGGGAGAGGGGAGAGUUGCACAAACAGAUGUCUGCAGUCAGCAUCAGAUGGUACCCACAGGUUUGGUUGAAGUUUUUCUGGACCACACCAGAGCAUGGGCCCAUCCAUCUCUCAUAUUGUCCACCCGAUGUUAGGUUCUCAAGCAUUUUAAGCUAUGCGCACAGCUCGAUGGACACAAAAGCUGUAUUUCCGCAUUAUGUUUUCACUAAAUUUUAUCAGUUUAAGAACAGGUAAUUUUUAGCACCUGCAUUUUCUACCCACACAGCCUUGUAACAUAAGCUUCUAGUUAUGUAACCCCAUCAGUAAUCUUACCAAACUUGCUGGUACUAAUUGGCGACUGAAGGCUAAUUAGCCUUUGUUAUUACAAAGAAAAUGGAUUGUUAGCUUUUAGCGUUCUGUGAUUCUUUAUACAGUGCAACUGCAGUGUUUUGUGUGUGUUUCAUAUAUUUAUUAUAUAAAAAAACUUGGCAAAGCAGCAUCUUAGAAAACGGACACAGAACCAAGACAAAGGAUACAAAGGCCCAUUUCCCAUUCCACCCCCACAUCUGCUCUCUAUUCUGAAGUAUUCUUAGAAAUCUCGUUCUGUGUUUGUGGUUGCUUUCUGUUGCUAGGGAUCAUUAGGAAAGGGACUGAAAAUAAAAACUGUCAGUAUUAUAAUGCCAUAAUACAAACCUAUUGGGCAACUGCAGUUGGAAUAUUGUGUAUAGUUCUAAUAGCCACAACUUAAAAAGGACAUUGCAGUGCUGGAUAAGGUUCAGAAAAGGGUAACCGAAAAUGAUCAAGGAGAUGGAGUAGUUCCUCCAUGAAGAAAGAGUGGACAUGAUAGAAAUUAAUUAAAAUUGUGCUAUGGCACAGAGCAGGCUUCCUCAAACUCAGCCCUCCAGAUGUUUUUGGCCUACAACUCCCAUGAUCCCUAGCUAGCAGGACCAGUGGUCAGGGAUUAAGGGAACUGUAGUCUCAAAAACAUCUGGAGGGCCGAGUUUGAGGAAGCCUGGCAUAGAGAAUGCAGAGAAGUCUUUCUCCCUCUUUUGCAAUACAUUAUUAUUAUUAUUAUUAUUAUUAUUAUUAUUAUUAUUAUUAAUACCCUGCCCAUCUGGCUGGGUUUCCCCAGCCACUCUGGGCGGCUUCCAACAGAACACCAAAAUACAAUAACCUAUUAAACAUUAAAAGCUUCCCUAAACAGGGCUGCCUUCAGAUGUCUUCUAAAAGUCUGGUGGUAGUUCUCUUUGACAUCUGGUGGGAGGGCGUUCCACAGGGAGGGCGCCACUACCGAGAAGGCCCUCUGCCUGGUUCCCUAUAACCUUCAGAUAUACUGGACCGAGGCCGUUUAUGGCUUUCAAGGUCAGCACCAACACUUUGAAUUGUGCUCGGAAACGUACUGGGAGCCAAUGUAAGUCUUUCAAGACCGGUGUUAUAUGGUCUCAGCGGCUGCUCCCAGUCACCAGUCUAGCUGCUGCAUUCUGGAUUAGUUGUAGUUUCCGGGUCACCUUCAAAGGUAGAGCGCAUUGCAGUAGUCCAAGCGGGAGAUAACUAGAGCAUGCACCACUCUGAACUUGUGGAUAUCCAACGAAGCUGAGUGUUGGUUCAGGACAGAAAAAAAGAAGGUAUUUCUUCACGCUGCACAUAGUUGAACUAUGGAACUCCCUCCCACAAGAGACAGUCAUGGCAACUGACUUGGACAAUUUUAAAAGAGGAUUAGACAAAUUAAUGGAGGAGAGGACUCCAGUGGCUACUAGCUAUGAAGGCUCUGCUCUGCUUCCAAAGUUAGGAGGCAGCAAUGAUUCCAAAUAUCGGCUGCAAGAAAUCACAGGAGGAGAAGAGUUGAUCUUGCGCUCAAAUCCUGCUUGUGGGUUUCCCACAGGGAUCUGGUUGGCCACUGUGAGAACAGGAUUCUGGGCAUGACUGGCCGCUGGCCUGAUCCAGCAGGCUUUUCUUAUGUUCUUACAUUAAUAAAGCGAUGGAAGGAGUGGGGAUGUCCUGCAAGCAAUUGCAGUGGACGCUCCGGUUGCGAACGUGAUCCAUGUGGGAUGCAUGUCCGCAAUCCGCAGCGUUUGCAACCUGCGUCUGUGCACGUGCGGGUUGCGAUUCAGCGCUUCUGCACAUGUGCAAAGCGCGAUUUAGCGCUUCUGUGCAUGUGCGACUGCCAAAACCUGGAAGUAACCCGUUCCAGUACUUCCGGGUUUCGGUGGUCUGUAACCCGAAAAAAUGCAACCUGAAGCGGCUGUAACCCGAGGUAUGACUGCAUUAGUUCAGACCUCUGGCGAGACUGAUCUUCCUUCUCCUGGCACUACGGAGGGGCGGGUGGUAGAGAAAGUGAAGUGGCCCACUUGGCUCUGGCCUCACUGCCAGCAUUCAGUCCCCAACAGAUUGCCCCUGAAGGAUCAUGCCUGGUUUGUACAUCCGAUGAGCCACGCUGCCUCUGUUAUAACGGUGAAUAAUCAGGGCACAACCCAAUGCUUUAAAGUGCAUUAGCGACCUUCACACCACAUGUAUAACAUGAAACCUGACUGCUUGGGAAAGGAAACGCAUGAAUACUGAAUGAGACCUUCAUCCUGUUCUUUAGGAUUUUAAGUUACAGUGCCGUUUUAACUUCGGGUUUUAGAUUACGCCCCUGAAGAGGGGUUGCUCUGAUGUCUGAAAGAGGAGCCGUUCCUUGUCUUUUAAUUAUAAAUCCAGUAUAUCUGAAGGAGCGUCUCCACCCCCAUCGUUCUGCCCAGACACUGAGGUCCAGCUCCAAGGGCCUUCUGGCGGUUCCCUCCCUGCGAGAAGCCAAGUUACAGGGAACCAGGCAGAGGGCCUUCUCGGCGGUGGCACCUGCCCUGUGGAACGCCCUCCCACCAGAUGUCAAAGAGAACAACAACUACCAAACUUUUAGAAGACAUCUGAAGGCAGCCCUGUUCAGGGAAGCUUUUCAUGUUUGAUGCAUUACUGUAUUUUAAUAUUUUGUUGGAAGCCGCCCAGAGUGGCUGGGGUGGCCCAGCCAGAUGGGCGGGGUAUAUUUAUUUAUUUACAGUCUCCUUCGGGAGGUUGUGGACUCUCCUUCCUUGGAGGUUGGAUGGCCCUCUGUCAUGGAUGCUUUAGUUGAGAUUCCUGCAUUGCAAGGGAUUAGAAUAGAUGACCCACGAUGUCCCUUCCAACUCUACAAUUCUAUGAUUCUAUGAAUAGGGGGAGGGAAUAUAUAUCAAAAAUAAAAAUAUUGUCCAGUAGCACCUUAGAGACCAACUAAGUUUGUUCUUGGUAUGAGCUUUCGUGUGCAUGAAAGCUCAUACCAAGAACAAACUUAGUUGGUCUCUAAGGUGCUACAGGACAAUUUUAUUUUUAUUUUAUUUUUAUUUUUUAUUUCUACUUUGUCAGACCAACACGGCUACCUACCUGAAUCUAGGGGGAGGGAGACAGUCACAUCAGGGGCCACGCUCAGCCAGUGACUCCUGAGACGCGUCAGCCUGCGUUUUCUGUCACUAGCCAGUCAGGUCGCAAUGCAGGUUCAGCAGUCAUAAGACCAUAAGAAAAGCUUGACUGCUGGAUCAGACCAAAGGCCCACCCAGCCCCGUACUUACAGUGCCCCUGGGGCUCCCACAAGCAGGUCCUGAGCACACCAGUGCUUUUCCCACCUGUGAUUCCACCUCUUCAAGAUCCCCUCCUGUUCUAGGUUCUGAUCUUUGAGAUAAGUGUCAGGAAUGGAUAUUUCAGACUUCACUUUUUCUUCCUCCGCCUGAUCUCUCUCCCCUCCUGUAUCUCCUUUCCUCUAGCAGUAGCUACCGAUGGAGGAACACACAGUGACGCAGACGGAGCACAUGGCCACCAUCGAGGCCCACGCCGUGGCCCAACAGGUGCAGCAGGUCCACGUGGCCACGUACACGGAGCACAGCAUGCUCAGCGCGGACGAAGACUCGCCCUCUUCCCCUGAGGACACUUCCUACGACGACUCGGACAUCCUCAACUCCACGGCUACUGAUGAGGUGACCGCCCACCUGGCCGCUGCAGGUACAUUGCUGGCGCCCUAUCCUGUUUCCCCCCACUGUUUUCCUGUUUUCCUGCAUAGCAUUUCUUCCUCCCUUUCACAUCAAGACUUGACUAGGCAGUGCAGAGUUGGCCACAAGUGCCCAAGGAAGAGGCCCAAAAUUCUUAGGGGAUCCCAAAUGUUAGAAUUGAUACCCAUAGUUGUUGUUUUUUAUUUUGGUGGAAGAAAAUACUCGUAUAGUCAUAACUCAUGUUACGCCCGCUUCAUGUUAUGUUCUUUCAGGUUGCGACCUGGAAGUACCGGAAAGGGUUACUUCUGGGUUUCGCCGUAUGCGCAGACGUGCAAAAUGACGUCAUGUGCAGAAGCAGCAAAUCGCAACCCGUGCAUGCGCAGAUGCGCCGCUGUGGGUUGCGUUCCUUUCAUGUUGAGAACGGGCCUCCGGAAUGGAUCCCGUUUGCAACCAGAGGUAUCACUGUACUGAGCACGGAAGCAUUUCCUUGGGCCCCUUUCCAGGUCAAAGGAUGUGGCCAUGUUAAUAUUUCAGGAUGUACAGUAUUUUUCGCUCUAUAAGACGCACCAGACCACAUGACACACCUAGUUUUUGGAGGAGGAAAACAAGAAAAAAAAUAUUCUGAACGAAACAGUGGAUGUAUGAUUUUUGUGGUUCAUGCUGUGGCCACAGACAUGUGAUUUGACGGUGAGUUUGGGGUAGCCCAAUGCAAAAAUCCUGAGGAUCCAUGUGGAUCUGUGCUUUGUAACCACGUUUUUGCGCCAUUGCGGCCCCACAAAACAGUGGAUGCGUGGUUUUUUUGGUGCAGGCUGUAGCCAUGGACAUGCUAUGUGAGCUGACGGUGAAUUUGGGUGACCCAAUGCAAAAAUCACUGUGCAGUGAAAGCAGCAAUCCCUCUUGCUGCUCUGGCUUCUGGGAUAGCUGCGCAGCCUGCAUUUGCUCCAUAAGACGCACACACAUUUCCCCUUACUUUUUAGGAGGGAAAAAGUGAGUCUUAUAGAGCAAAAAAUAAGUAAGUCCAAACUCUGAGAAGACUUCAGUGGGGUUUACUUGCCAGUCACAGAGGCUUCUUCCAGUCCCUUAGGCAUGUAACAUGCAUGAAAAGCAACAAAACAAAACAAAACAAAACAAAACAACCUCUUGAUUCACAAAGAGCUCUGCACCCUUAGAAAAUACUCUGCCCCGUUCAUUUUUUCGAUGGUUGGAUUAUGUUCUGAUAACCACCCGCAAUCUAUUUACGUAUCCCUGGGUGCGAGCUUCACUUCUGGCACCUGGUGGAAGAGACUGAUGCGAAAGGGAGGGGCUUUUUCUAUCCGGGUUGAUUUUUCACAAGGGUCAACUGAACAGUUUGGGCAGUUUAAGUGCAUCUAGCUAUUUUAAGGUACGCAGGUGGCGCUGUGGUCUAAAUCACAGAGCCUAGGGCUUGCCGAUCAGAAGGUCGGUGGUUUGAAUCCCCGCGACGGGGUGAGCUCCCAUUGCUCGGUCCCUGCUCCUGCCCACCUAGCAGUUCGAAAGCACGUCAAAGUGCAAGUAGAUAAAUAGGUACCGCUCCAGCGGGAAGGUAAAUGUCCCUAGGCUCUGUGGUUUAACCCAUAGCACCACCCAUGUCCCUCUGGAAGAAGGUACAGGGUUAUAAAGACUAGGACUAGCCGCCUGAGAAACAGUUUCAACCCAAAUGCGAUUUUGGUUUUAAACACAGUGUAAGGUAGUCUCUAUGGGAGUAUGUUGUAUUUAAUUAUGGGGUAUCAGAGUUUUUAGGGGCUAACCAGGCUGGGAUAGCGGGCUUGUGGGGUUUUGAAUGUCUGAUGUAGAUUUUUUCAGUUUCGUUGUUCUGUAUGGGACAAUGACAAUAAAGAUUAUCAUAUAGUAUGGUGCCUUUUGACUAUACAAGGAUCUGCAUAUAGAGGACAAAGUCUCUCUUAGUAUAUAGAAUAAACAGCGUGUUAAACUGAGCAAAAAGAUCUCUUCACCCCUCCCUUCAGAAGCUCUGAUUAGUGAGGGAUUAAGAAGGAGGAACCUGGAAUGUAAGAACCAUGAACCUGGGUAAGUUGGAUGUGGUCAAAAAUGAGAUGGCAAGAAUAAAUAUUGACAUCCUGGGCAUCAGUGAACUAAAAUGGACAGGAAUGGGAGAAUUCAGUUCGGAUGACUAUCAUAUCUACUACUGUGGGCAAGAAACCCGUAAAAGAAAUGGAGUGGCCCUCAUAGUCAAUAAAAGAGUGGCAAAAGCUGUACUGGGAUGCAAUCUCAAAAAUGAUAGAAUGAUCUCGAUACGAAUCCAAGGCAGACCUUUUAACAUCACAGUAAUCCAAGUUUAUGCACCAACCACUGGUGCUGAAGAAACUGAAAUUGACCAAUUCUAUGAAGACUUACAAGACCUUAUAGAAGUGACACCAAAGAAGGAUGUUCUUCUCAUUAUAGGGGAUUGGAAUGCUAAAGUAGGGAAUCAAGAGAUAAAAGGAACAACUGGCAAGUUUGGCCUUGGAGAUCAAAACAAAGCAGGGCAAAGGCUAAUAGAGUUCUGCCAAGAGAACAAGCUGGUCAUCACAAACACGCUUUUCCAACAACACAAGUGACGACUCUACACAUGGACAUCACCAGAUGGACAACAUCGAAAUCAGAUUGAUUAUAUUCUCUGCAGCCAAAGAUGGAGAAGCUCUAUACAGUCAGCAAAAACAAGACCUGGAGCUGACUGUGGCUCAGAUCAUCAGCUUCUUAUAGCAAAAUUCAAGCUUAAACUGAAGAAAGUAGGAAAAACCACUGGGCCGGUAAGAUACAAUCUAAGUCAAAUCCCUUAUGAAUACACAGUGGAAGUGAGGAACAGGUUUAAAGAUUUAGAUUUGGUGGACAGAGUGCCUGAAGAACUAUGGAUGGAGGCUCGCAGCAUUAUACAGGAGGCAGCAACGAAAACCAUCCCAAUGAAAAAGAAAUGCAAGAAAGCAAAGUGGCUGUCCAACGAGGCCUUACAAAUAGCGGGGGAAAGAAGGCAAGCAAAAUGCGAGGGAGAUAGUGAAAGAUACAGGAAAUUGAAUGCAGAUUUCCAAAAAAUAGCAAGGAGAGACAAGAAAGCCUUCUUAAACGAGCAAUGCAAAGAAAUAGAGGAAAACAACAGAAUGGGAAGAACCAGAGAUCUGUUCAAGAAAAUCGGAGAUAUGAAAGGAACAUUUCGUACAAAGAUUACCAUAAUAAAGGACAAAAGUGGUAAGGACCUAACAGAAGCAGAAGACAUCAAGAAGAGGUGGCAAGAAUACACAGAGGAACUAUACCAGAAAGACAUGGAUGUCUCAGUACACCCCAGGUAGUGUGGUUGCUGAGCUUGAGCCAGACAUCCUGGAGAGUGAAGUCAAAUGGGCCUUAGAAAGCACUGCAAAUAACAAGGCCAGUGGAAGUGAUGGUAUUCCAGCUGAACUAUUUAAAAUUUUAAAAGAUGAUGCUGUUAAGGUACUACACUCAAUAUGCCAGCAAGUUUGGAAAACUCAGUAGUGGCCAGAGGAUUGGAGGAGAUCAGUCUACAUCCCAAUCCCAAAGAAGGGCAGUGCCAAAGAAUGCUCCAACUACCGCACAAUUGCACUCAUUUCACAUGCUAGCAAGGUUAUGCUUAAAAUUGUACAAGGAAGGCUCAAGCAGUAUGUGGACCGAGAACUCCCAGAAGUGCAAGCUGGAUUUAGAAGAGGCAGAGGAACCAGAGACCAAAUUGCAAACAUGCACUGGAUUAUGGAGAAAGCUAGAGAGUUCCAGAAAGACAUCUACUUCUGCUUCAUUGACUAUGCAAAAGCCUUUGACUGUGUCGACCACAGCAAACUAUGGCAAGUUCUUAAAGAAAUGGGAGUGCCUGAUCACCUCAUCUGUCUCCUGAGAAAUCUCUGUGUGGGACAAGAAGCUACAGUUAGAACUGGAUAUGGAACAACUGAUUGGUUCAAAAUUGGGAAAGGAGUACGAUAAGGCUGUAUAUUGUCUCCCUGCUUAUUUAACUUAUAUGCAGAAUUCAUAAUGCGAAAGGCUGGGCUGGAUGAAUCCGAAGCCGGAAUUAAGAUCGCCGCAAGAAAUAUCAACAACCUCAGAUAUGCAGAUGAUACAACCUUGAUGGCAGAAAGUGAGGAGGAAUUAAAGAACCUUUUAUUGAGGGUGAAAGAGGAGAGCGCAAAAUAUGGUCUGAAGCUCAACAUCAAAAAAAUGAAGAUCAUGGCCACUGGUAGCAUCACCUCCUGGCAAAUAGAAGGGGAAGAAAUGGAGGCAGUAAGAGAUUUUACUUUCUUGGGCUCCAUGAUCACAGCAGAUGGUGACAUCAGUCACGAAAUUAAAAGAUGCCUGCUUCUUGGGAGAAGAGCAAUGACAAACCUAGACAGCAUCCUAAAAAGUAGAGACAUCACCUUGCCAACAAAGGUCCGUAUAGUAAAAGCUAUGGUUUUCCCAGUAGUGAUGUAUGGAAGCGAGAGCUGGACCAUAAAGAAGGCUGAUUGCCGAAGAAUGGAUGCUUUUGAGUUCUGGUGCUGGAGGAGACUCUUGAGGGUCCCAUGGACUGCAAGAAGAGCAAACCUCUCCAUUCUGAAGGAAAUCAGCCCUGAGUGCUCACUGGAAGGACAGAUCCUGAAGCUGAGGCUCCAAGACUUUGGCCACCUCAUGAAAAGAGAAGACUCCCUGGAAAAGACCCUGAUGUUGGGAAAGAUGGAGGGCACAAGGAGAAGGGGACGACAGAGGACCAGAUGGUUGGAUGGUAUUCUUGAAGCUACCAUCAUGAGUCUGUCCAAACUGCGGGAGGCAGUGGAAGACAGGAGUGCCUGGCGUGCUCUGGUCCAGGGGGUCACGAAGAGUCGGACACGACUAAACAACAACAAGAAGAAGGAGCAAUGCAAUUUAUUUCAAAACAAUCGUACAUUUGAGCAAAGGACUAAUACAGGCACACACUCUUUCGUGAUUUGACUGGUCUGUACCUUGCUGUCAGAACUGCCCUGGAAUCUUGUCUUUAAAAACCAGUCCCAGGAAGGGGAACCCUUUCCCCCCUCAUCUGCAUUUUUGGGGACAUUUUACACACGUCCUCAAGCCAGAUUUUCUAAUGUGAAGCUGCAACCAGCAGAGGGCAGUACAGCUAUUGCGACUGACAAUGUUUCUUUCUCAUCUGAUAUCUCCAUGUUAGGGUUCUAACUUUGUUAGGGUUCUAAAUCCACCCUGUUUACAAUGAAUAAUAACCUGUAGGGUGAUUUUAGGAACACAUGCAUGGAGAAAGAUACUGCGUGAAAUAAUUGCUAUUGAAAUUAUACCCGGAAGGAUAGUUGUAUUUGUCUAAUGGUGCUGUUUAUUUAUUUAAAGAAUUUAUACUCCACUCUUUAGCCAAAAAGGUUCUCAGAGUGGCUUACGGAAAUGAGACAGUCCCCACCUUCACAUCACAACCUAAAAGAGCAUGACGCAUGAGGAAAAAGGAGUGGGAGGGAAGAGGGAAAAGCAAGCUCAAUCACACAUUCAUAAAGUUACCGUUCUUAAAGUUGCAGCCAACUUUAAAGACCAACAAAUACAUCAUCGUCAUUGUUUAAUUAACUUAUGAAUUGCCUUUCACGUGAGGCAAUUUGCAAAUAUACCAUAGUAAAGGUAAAGGGACCCCUGACCAUUAGGUCCAGUCGUGACUGACUCUGGGGUUGCGGCGCUCAUCUCGCUUUGCUGGCCGAGGGAGCCGGCGUACAGCUUCUGGGUCAUGUGGCCAGCAUGACUAAGCCGCUUCUGGCGAACCAGAGCCGUGCAUGGAAACACCAUUUACCUUCCCGCCAGAGUGGCACCUAUUUAUCUACUUGCACUUUGACGUGCUUUCGAACUGCUAGGUUGGCAGGAGCUGGGACCGAGCAACGGGAGCUCAACCCGUCGCGGGGAUUCGAACCGCCGACCUUCUGAUCAGCAAGCCCUAGGCUCUGUGGUUUAGCCCCCAGCGCCACCCGCGUCCCAAGCACAGCUAAAAAAUAAUUUUGAAAACAAUACAAAAAUCCAACUAAAUAUAGUUUGAGAAACAAUACGAAAGACUCUCCAGUUGUCUUUGGAAAACGCAGAUGGGGCACCUGUCAUAUCUCAGCAGUGAUCCUGUUUCCCUGAGGAGGCAAAACUGAAAGCCCUUGCUCUGAGUUAUUGUGGAGCAGGCUUCUGAUGCCUUUGAAGGAGAAAUUGUACGGGGUCUUAUAUUUUGGUACCUUAGGGCGCAUUGCAGCAAUCCAACCUUGAAGUUACCAGUGCAUAACUAUGUCAUAAAUGUCUGUGGAUUUGUUCAGCUUUUCUUAACCUCUCAGAUAUUCUGUGGCAUCUCACCUAUAGCUUGCUGUAGCAUUUAUGGCCUAUGGUGUCUUCGGCCUGUGGCCCACCCAAUAUUCAAAACCCAUCUCUCAUCCGCAGGCCCUGUGGGAAUGGCCGCUGCCGCUGCCGUGGCGACAGGCAAGAAAAGGAAACGCCCUCACGUCUUUGAGUCCAAUCCGUCGAUCCGCAAGAGGCAGCAGACGCGUUUGUUACGGUAAGAGCGUCUGAACGCAAAAAACUGCCUUACACUGGCCAGGCAUUGUCUCCUCCAACUGGGAGUAGUUCUCCAAGGUUUGGGGGCAGAGAGGGGUCUUUGUCAGCCCUGCUACCCAAGAGAAGAGUCUCACGCUCUACCCAAGUGAGCAAUGUGGCCCUAGGUAGUCCAAGUCAGUGGUCAUCUCUGCCCCCUUGCGGGAGUGAAUCCCAGUUUCACUCUAUGCUGUCUUGAAGAAGAGAUCUCUUUUGUGUAUAUCAGGUGCUCAGGGUCCAGCGCUUGACAAGACCCAACUCCCCAUGACUUAACAGGAUGGCAAGCAGCCAGGGACAAAUAGCCUCAAUAUACAGUGGAAGAGUCUCGUGGUUUCCUUCAAAAGCAGUUUGUCCAGGCUUGAGUGAGCCUUGCAGCAGGUAGAGGCAUGGGACCGGUUCUCUGAAGUCCUGUUUCCCAGGACCAGGAGAAUUUAGGCUUGGACGUAUCCUUGCACUUCCCUCCACCUGCCUGCGAUUCCAGCAGUGUAGAGCGUUGGGAAUCAGUGACCCGUGGUCUGAGCCCCGUAGUGCCCAGUGCUCCACAGCCAUCUUUCAGUCUCCAAGUUUCAGGACGAAAGGUGUGGUUUCUCCCUCCCUCCCGCCUCCACCAGCAGGAUGAAGUCCUUGAACCUCCAGGGUCACCAUCUGAGCCAGACUGAUGAAUGAGUGACCCAUCGUACGUCCUUCUUCGCCAUACCUAUAGAGCCAUGGAUGGGGAACCUGUGUCCCUCCAGAUUUUGCUGGACUAUAAUUCCCACCCACUCCCCUGACCAUUGGCUGUGCUAGGAGGGUGGGGUCUGAUGGCAGCUGGGGUUGUUGAACUUCUGGGUGGGGCACAGUUUCCCUAGAGGCUGUUAAUGUUGUAUUUUAAUCUUGUUUUUAAGUUGUAUUUCCAUCAAUUAUGGUUUUUUAUAUCGGGCGUUAGCCACCCUGAGCCCGGUCUCGGCUGGGGAGCGUGGGGUAUAAAUAUUUUUUUAAAAUUUUUUUUUAUUAUUAUUAUUAGAGUAGUCAUCUCCAGGUAAACCACAUGCUGUAGCCAAGGUUUGUUCCGUGACUUGCCACUUGUCUGUAGCAGACAAAGCACAAGCCUGGGCUCGUGUGCAACAUGCUAAUCCAAACCAUGGCAUAGCUCAUAGCAGCACAUCGCCAGCAGGACCAGAGGACGAGUAAAGCAGCCGCCAUUUCCUCUCUGGGAGUCUGCACACUCGUGAUAAGCCUUGAAUUGGCUUUGUGUCAUGUGCAAACCGGGCCACUGUGACUUGCUUCAUUCACCCCAUGUUGGCCUUAGCAUUUAAUUUCCUGGUAUCUAUCUGCCCAUGACAGCAGUCAUGAAAUUAAAAGACGCCUGCUUCUUGGGAGAAAAGCAAUGGCAAAGCUAGACAGCAUCUUAAAAAGCAGAGACAUCACCUUGCCAACAAAGGUCCGUAUAGUGAAAGCUAUGGUUUUCCCAGUAGUGAUGUAUGGAAGUGAGAGCUGGACCAUAAAGAAGGCUGAUAGCCAAAGAAUGGAUGCUUUUUAAUUCUGGUGCUGGAGGAGACUCUUGAGAGUCCCAUGGACUGCAAGAAGAUCAAACCUCUCCAUUCUGGUAUUUAAAAACAUGUUUCAGAAUCCCUCCAAAAUUGAGAGCCCCCACAGCUCCAAACAUCUCACGGCCCAUUGCCAGACUCGGAAAGUCCAAACAUCCCUGCAUUGGGGGGUCUAUCCAACCCCCCAUUUCCAAACCAGUCCAAACUUUAUCUUUCCUAAUCUGGCUUUUUCCAAGUUCAUUUGUCAAAUCCAAAAGCUCAUGUUCCUGCUGGGCCGCAGCUCCCUCCAUCUCUGGCGCCCAAGAUUCCGCAGCAUCCUCUUCUCUCAUCUGUUCUGUCAGGGCACACUCCUGAUUUAAUUCCUGGGUGGGCUCCAUAUAGUUUCCCACUGCCUGUUCAAAAAUUCUGACCGCAUUAGUCAUCAAAUCCGUCUUCUCAGUUAACUGUUCCAGUAGAGCAUUUGUUUUACAGAGAGCACACAACAGAGCUUCUGAAUACAUUGUCCUACAAGGUCACAAGCCUAUUCCCACGAUUGUAAUCUGUGACAGCUGCAAGCUCCCAAACCUCUCCAUUCUGAAGGAAACCAGCCCUGAGUGCUCACUGGAAGGACAGAUCCUGAAGCUGAGGCUCCAAGACUUUGGCCACCUCGUGAGAAGAGAAGACUCCCUGGAAAAGACCCUGAUGUUGGGAAAGAUGUUGGGCACAAGGAGAAGGGGACGACAGAGGACGAGAUGGUGGGACAGUGUUCUCGAAGCUACAAACAUGAGUCUGACCAAACUGUGGGAGGCAGUGGAAGACAGGAGGGCCUGGCGUUCUCUGGUCCACGGGGACACGAAGAGUCGGACACGGCUAAACAACUAAACAACAACAACAGCAAUCUGCUCAUGUGGCAUAGGCCCAGUGGCAGAGGAAGCUGCUAGGGUGCCUGGGGUGGCGCGCCCAUAGGGCUCACCGUGGGGCCUCCAGAGUCUUCCUGCCUCCUCCCACUCAGCUGCCCUACAGCUUGGGGGGAGGCAGCAGGCGGACCAUUUGGGCAGCACAGACCCUGUGCGUGCUCAAGCCACUGUGUCUCCCAGAAGAGACGCGUGGCUUGGGUACACUGCAGGCCCUGCGGUGAGUGCCGCCCGGCAUUUUGUCACCCCCCUCGGGGUGACACCUGGGGCGGCCCGUCCCUACCGCACCCCCUUCUUCUGCCCCUGCAUAGGUCUCUUCUCAAAAGGCCUGUCUGGAAGUGCAUGCAAAAUGGGGUUGCAGAGUCAGGCCUUCACAAAAGAGGAGGAAUGUUUUGCUCUUAGUGACUCUGGCGUCCUCCUCUCAGCCUCGCCUGUGCAUAUCCUUGAGAUUUCCUUCAGGGAUGCUGCAAAGCGUGGCACACAGCCAGAACUUUCCAAAUUGGGGCCCGGGAGAAAAGCUCGAUCUGUAAGAUCUUUCUUCUCCUGCCACUUUCCUGAAAAUGGCUUCGGGUAAAACACUGCCGAAGAGUGAGAUGAGCACAGCCAGAAAAGCCUUGGCAUUCAACUUAGUGGGAAUUGUUGACACCUGAAAUUUCAAACCGUUGUGAAUGCCAUAAUGGUUGUGCUCCCCUUCGAUAGUUGCACGUCAACGCGUCUUCCGGUGCUGGAAGUCGCAAGGUGAUGACCCAGUCGCUCUCGGGUCUGUGGGAUGAUGCAAAUGACGGCCUCUCUAGGAAUGCGCAUUGCAGCGUCUCAAAGAAGAAAGAAGUUAGCUGCUAGUUGAGAAGGCUUCUGUUCCCAUGAAAGGCUCUCUUCCUCUAGGGGCACUCUGAUGCAACCUUCAGCUGGGCAGAUUCAUUUCCCUCGGCCUGCUGUUGCAAUGUGUUGCCGAGUCUUGCUCAACCCGGCUUGGUGCCGGUGGGAUUAUUCCAGCAGGUUUGCAGUCCCAGGGCUUCUUUCCUCCCUUGUGGAACAUGCAUAAAAGUUUUUGGGCAAAAUUUGAAUGUCCCUCCCCCCCCCCCCCAUUUAAAAGAGUUUUCUUCCAAUUUGCUCUUAGUUUCAUCAGACAAUAGGUCGCAGAACUUUGUUCUUUCUGAUAGGGCUGGACUGCUCAGGGUGGGGGAAAACCUUGCUCAAAAUUAUUAUUAUUAUUAUUAUUAUUAUUAUUAUUAUUAUAUUUUCCCCAGCCACUCUGGGCGGCUCCCAGUCGAGUGUUAAAAACAAUACAGCAAUACAAUUCAAAUCUAGGGGAGUGGCAUAGAUUUGCAAUUCCAGUGACCGCAGCCUAAAAUCUGGCUGUUCCCUGAAUGAGAGCUCCCACCCUGCGGAUUGACUUGCUGUGAUUGGUUAGAGCGUGGUGCUGAUAACGCCAAGGUUGCAGGUUCAAUCCCUGUAAGGGACAGCUGCGUAUUCCUGCAUUGCAGGGAGUUGAACUAAAUGAUCCUCAGGGUCCCUUCCAACUCUUACGAUUCUAUAUGCUGCAGAAUGUUUGUGAAUGCUGACACUGCUAAGAGGAAAAGUCAGUCACAGGAGGCAGAAAAAUCAGUACAACUGAAGCAGUGGAAGUGAAAGGUUCAACUGAAGGAGAUGUAGGGAAGUCUUAAUGAAAUCCAUAAUUCGCACCCCCAACUCCUGCUUGUUGUUGUUGUUUAGUCGUUUAGUCGUGUCCGACUCUUCGUGACCCCCUGGACCAGAGCACACCAGGCACUCCUGUCUUCCACUGCCUCCCGCAGUUUGGUCAAACUCAUGCUGGUAGCUUCGAGAACACUGUCCCACCAUCUCGUCCUCUGUCGUCCCCUUCUCCUUGUGCCCUCCAUCUUUCCCAGCAUCAGGGUCUUUUCCAGGGAGACUUCUCUUCUCAUGAGGUGGCCAAAGUCUUGGAGCCUCAGCUUCAGGAUUUGUCCUUCCAGUGAGCACUCAGGGCUGAUUUCCUUCAGAACGGAUAGGUUUGAUCUUCUUGCAGUCCAUAGGACUCUCAAGAGUCCUCCAGCACCAGAAUUCAAAAGCAUCAAUUCUUCGGCCUUGCCGUGGCAAAGGGGCUUGAAUAACUCAGAGAAGCUAUGAGCUAUGCCGUGCAGGGCCACCCAAGAUGGACAGGUCAUAGUGGAGAGUUUUGACCAAACGUGAUCCACCUGGAGCAGGAACCGGCAAGCCACUCCAGUAUCCCUGCCAAGAAAACUCCAUGGACAAAGACAACUCCUGCCAAUUUUAGCCAAAUUAUGACUCUCCCUGUGGUCUCCUUAAAAAAUAAAUAUUUUAAUUGCUAAGGGGGCUAGCCCUCCUUUAAUUUGAGCUCUGGAAGAAAAUGGUCACAGAGACUAGGGGCAGGAAGUGUGUGCAUGGAGGUGAGGGAAUAAGAGGGGCUUGAGGGCCAUAGUGGCUGAGGCAGGGGUCAGCAAACUUUUUCAGCAGGGGGCCGGUCUGCUGUUCCUCAGACCUUGUGGGGGGGCCGGACUACAUUUUGAAAAAGAACGAAUUCCCAUGUCCCAUAAAUAACCCAUAAAUUUUAAAUAAAAACACACAUUCUGCUCAUGUAAAAACACCAGGCAGGCCCCACAAAUAACCCAGAGAUGCAUUUUAAAUAAAAGGACACAUUAUACUCAUGUAAAAACACGCUGAUUCCCGGACCAUCUGCAGGCCGGAUUUAGAAGGCGAUUGGGCCGCAUCCGGCCCCUGGGCCUUAGUUUGCCUACCCAUGGGCUGUCGUCAGCAGGUUAAAGACCUGGAGGGAGAUGGGGAAAGACUCAUAUGGGGCCAAAGAAGAGGAAGGGCUGUUGAUGAGAAGAUGGGAUGCAGAGUGUCUAAUUUUUUUUAUGCAGCCAUGUUUGAAAUGCCAGGUCUCCAUACUUCCAAAAACUAGAUCAUUUUAUGCUUUAUUCUUAAUCCGGGUCUCUCUCUCUCUCUCUCUCUCUCUCUCUCUCUGUUGUGUUAAGCAAUUUCAAAAAAUAUUUUUGUUACUUAAGUGAGAUGGGAGAGUAGCAAAAUGCAAGGAUAAGGCCGUCAGUGUCUCGUAGCCCCGAUGACUAUGCAAUGUUUCUGAAUCCCAGUUGCUGGAAACCAUUUUAGGAAUUCCCUCCCCAUCCAGGGAAGCAAAAGGAAGAGAUUUGGUUUGUACCAUGUGGCCACCGUUCAGGUCUGUUGAGAGGACCAGUGCUAAUUUGUAUAUGCGGAUUUGCAUACAAGUUGCUCUUUUCAUGAUUUGCACCCUGUUUUGCAUGCGUGUGAUGGGGCCUGGCCAUGGCUUGUGGGUACACGUCGGCUUUCCGUGUUCCUGCAACACACCAAAAAUCAGUUUACAUAAUCGGCUGUCCUUGGAUAGCGAGGGCUAACCUCAGACUCACUGUGCACAUUUGCAAGGUUGAAGAGACUUAGAAGAGAUUCAGCAACCUCUGGCAAGAUCUGGAGCUCUUGCACCCACAAAUUAAUGCUCUGGGUUAAACCACAGAGCCUAGGACUUGCCGAUCAGAAGGUCGGCGGUUCGAAUCCCCACGACAGGGUGAGCUCCCGUUACUCGGUCCCUGCUCCUGCCAACCUAGCCGUUCGAAAGCACGUCAAAGUGCAAGUAGAUAAAUAGGUACCACUCCGGCGGGAAGGUAAACGGGGUUUCCAUGCACGGCUCUGGUUCGCCAGAAGCAGCUUAGUCAUGCUGGCCACAUGUACGCCGGCUCUCUCGGCCAGUAAAGCGAGAUGAGCGCCGCAACCCCAGAGUCAGCCACGACUGGACCUAAUGGUCAGGGGUCCCUUUACCUUUAAGCAAGAAUGAGAUGGCACUCUCUUGGGUGUGUACUUCAUAUUCCGCUGCAGAAACAUGGCAAUUUAGAAAGUGGUGCAUUUAUUAUAGCCCUGGGGAUAUAAUAAUAAUAAAUUAUUUGUACCCGCCCAUCUGACUGGUUGCCCUAGCCACUCUGGGCGGCUUCCAACAUAUAAAAACUGUAAUAAAACCUUAAACCUUAAGAAGCUUCCCUGUACAGGGCUGCCUUCAGAUGUCUUCCAAAAGUUGUAUAGUUACUCAUCUCCUUGACAUCUGAUGGGAGGGUGUUCCACAGGGAGGGAGUCGCUACCGAGAAUAAGAAUAAGAAUUUUAUUUAUACCCCGCCCUUCCCGGUUCAGAAAACCGGGCUCAGGGCGGCUAACAACAAAUUUAAAACACUUAAUUGAUGCAGCAAAAAACAGCAUAAAAUACAGUAUAAAACGUGAAUAACAAUAAAUUUAGAAUUCAAAAAUCAAUUUAGGUGGGAGCUCCAUCCAAUAAACAUUAGAUGAUCACCAGGGCUAGCUGGCUAAAUUAGUCCUAUUUGGGUCAGCGAGGAGACCAGGGGAGAAUUAGCUGUGGGAUCCCAGAGCAGGUAAUCUUCAUAAAAAGGGAAAGGGGUUGGAAGGAAGGGGAAUAAAAGAUCAGGCUAAGUUCAUAUUGAAAGCCAGGCGGAAUAGCUCUGUCUUACAGGCCCUGCAGAAGGAGGUUAAAUCCUGUAGGGCCCUGGUCUCCUGGGACAGAGCUUUCCACCAGGUUGGAGCCAUCACUGAGAAGGCCCUGGCCCUGGUGGAGGAUAAUCUGACUUCCUUAGGGCCCGGGACCUCUAAACUAUGAUUAUUCAUGGACCUUAUAUCCCUGUAGCUUCACUUUUCUCAGUGAGAGAACCACCAGAAGGCCCUCAGUGCUGGAUCUAGCAAAAGGCUCCUGUCUGAAAUUCUGGACAAGCUUCUGCCAGUCAAUGUAGAUGGUACCGAGGUAGAUGGACCAAUAGUCUGACUCUGCAUAAGGCAUCUUCCUGUGUCCCACUGCAGGCUAUUCCCUCGCAGUUUUUUUAAUACGCACUACUGUAUGUGGGUGGCGCUGUGGGUUAAACCACAGGGCCUAGGACUUGCCGAUCAGAAGGUCGGCGGUUCGAAUCCCCGCGACGGGGUGAGCUCCCAUUGCUCGGUCCCAGCUCCUGCCAACCUAGCAGUUCGAAAGCACACCAGUGCAAGUAGAUAAAUAGGUACCACUUCGGCGGGAAGGUAAACUGCGUUUCCGGGCGCUGCUCUGGUUCGCCAGAAGCGGCUUAGUCAUGCUGGCCACAUGACCCGGAAGCUAUACGCCGGCUCCCUCAGCCAAUAAAGCGAGAUGAGCGCCGCAACCCCAGAGUCGGCCGCGACUGGACCUAAUGGUCAGGGGUCCCUUUACUUUUACUGUAUCUUUAAUUUGUACAGCAGACCUGUGAGAUAAGUUGAACUAGUAUUAUUACUCCCCGUAUUUUGGAGGUAGAGACUGAGGCCGUGGGAUGGGAGAUUGCCUGAGACCACUGUGUGAGUUCAUGGCAGAGCCAAGAGUUGAACUCGGCACCUUGUGUCUCUCCUAGACCCUGCGCUGCCCUAACUCUCUUCUCACAGAACACUCAAAGGGAAACACCUGGGCGCACCUGAGAGUUCCUUGUUUGUACAGAGAGGGGUGCUUUUUGCAUGAUGGUGAUCCUAGCACUAUAAACAAGCUUUUGCAGCUUUAUUUCCUCGUAUCUCCCUUUAAGCAUUCUUCUGAGCAGGGAGACGUUUUUCCCCAGGGAAUUUGAAGCAGGUUUCCGUGCUCGUUUCAUGAAGUUUACAUAGAUAAAAACAAACAGAAACCUCAAAGUGCUUUGCAAAAGGAAUUAAACAAUAAGAUGAAUAGUAAAAACAAAACGUUCAAAAAAUUUAAACCAGCAAUAAACGAAAAACACAUCCGCAUUCUAUAAAUCUGGGUAAAAAAAAUGUUUUUAGCCGGUGCUGGAAAGAGUACAGUGAAAGUGCCUGCCUGAUAUCAAUAUAGAUGAUAUUAUUAUUAUUAAGCAUUUUUCAUCUACAGAAAAAGGUGAUACAUAAGAACCCACACCCAUCACUGGGUUGUGCUAGUCAUAUUCAGAGUGGACCAAUUCUGAAUGGACAGACCUGGCUAACUAAGGUUCAUUGACAUGGAUUGGUCUACCCCGAAGAGAAUUUAGCUGGAUGCGACCCAGCCUGUUUGCAGGCAACCAAAUAGGUCACAAAUCCUGCCACUGAAGCAAAUCCUUCAUUUAAUUUGUAAGAUAAAUUACAUUAUUCGUUGCUGCCUUUCAAAACCUCGUAAACCCAUAUUGGUGUUGCUCCCCUCCACUGCAAGAAAGAGCAAGUUCUUCACAUCAUAUUCAGCAGAAGCUGACCAAUUUGCCAUAAACUUGUCCAGCUUGUUGUCCCCUAUCUCUAGUUCUGACAAAAUGAGUCAGCUUAGCUGUUAAGGGGAGCUCCCACAUUGACUCCUGUCUCCCGCAGUUGGGUCAAACUCAUGCUGGUCUCUUCGAGAACACUGUCCCACCAUCUCGUCCUCUGUUGUCCCCUUCUCCUUGUGCCCUCCAUCUUUCCCAACAUCAGGGUCUUUUCCAGGGAGUCUUCUCUUCUCAUGAGGUGGCCAAAGUCUUGGAGCCUCAGUUUCAGGAUCUGUCCUUCCAGUGAGCACUCAGGGCUGAUUUCCUUCAGAAUGGAGAGGUUUGAUCUUCUUGCAGUCCAUGGGACUCUCAAGAGUCUCCUCCAGCACCAGAAUUCAAAAGCAUCCAUUCUUUGGCAAUCAGCCUUCUUUAUGGUCCAGCUCUCACUUCCAUACAUCACUACUGGGAAAACCAUAGCUUGAACUAUACGGACCUUUGUUGGCAAGCUGAUGUCUCUGCUUUUAAGAUGCAGUCUAGGUUUGUCAUUGCUCUUCUCCCAAGAAGCAGGCGUCUUUUAAUUUCGUGGCUGCUGUCACCAUCUGCAGUGAUCAUGGAACCCAAGAAAGAAAAAUCUCUCACAGCCGCCUCCAUUUCUUCCCCUUCUAUUUGCCAGCAGGUGAUGGGACCAGUGGACAUGAUCUUCGUUUUUUUGAUGUUGCGCUUCAGACCAUAUUUUGCGCUCUCCUCUUUCAACCUCAUUAAAGGCUUAUUUAAUUCCUCCUCACUUUCUGCCAUCAAGGCUGUGUCAUCUGCAUAUCUGAGGUUGUUGAUAUUUCUUCCGGCAAUCUUAAUUCCGGCUAGGGAUUCAUCCAGCCCAGCCUUUCGCAUGAUGAAUUCUGCAUACAAGUUAAAUAAGCAGGGAGACAAUAGACAGCCUUGUUUUUAAGAUAGGAUUAGACAAAUUCACGGAGGAGGAGAGGGCUAUCGAUGGCUCCUAGCCAGGAUGGCUCUUCUCUGCCUCCGCAGCAAUGCUUCUAAAUACUGGUUGCUGGAAACAACAAGAGGAGAGAGGCUUCUUUUGCUUGGGUUUCCCCACUGGCAUCUAGCUGGCCACUGUCAGAACAGGAUGCUGGACUAGAUGGGACAUUGGCCUAGUCCAGCAGUAGGCCCUUCCUAUGUUCUUAUUUUUUUGUUUUUUAUUUUUAAAUUAAAGAUUUUCUUGAUUUACAAAAGUGUGUGCAAUGCCUCUCUCUCAUAUUAUCCCCCCCCCCAAUGUAACAUUUUUACAAAUCAGUUUCAUUUGUUGAGACAUUAGGAAGAAAAGGCGGAAAGAGGUGGAGGGGGGGAAAGAUGGGUGGGGGUGGGGUUGGGUGACGAUGUUUCUAUUUUACUUAAUAUAUGUGGGGUUUGGUGACAGCGUUGCUUCUGCAGGUUCUCUGCUCUUCGCUUGUGUUCCUUUGGUGGUGAGAGAGGUUGGGGUUGGCCUCGGGUGUGGUUAUUCAUUUGUGGUUGGCUGUGGUGGUCUUUGUUUUCGUGUGUGAGUGGGGUGGGUGGGUGUUUUGGAUCAAGUUAGCCAUACUGAUUUGUAUGCUGUUGGUGGAUUCUUGUCAUUGUCUUGUUGGGCUGUGUAUGUGAUAAAGGGGAGCCAUACAGGGGUAAAGGCGUCUUCUUCUGUUUGUCCCUGUGUCAGUUUCAGUUUAUUGGUUAAUUUUUCUAGUAGGGCUGUUUCCCAUGCUAUUUGGUACCAUUGGUCCAUGCUUACUCCUGACAGGUCUCUCCAGUGUCUGGCUAUGAUGCUCUUCCUAUGUUCUUAUGUAUAGUAAAAUGUCUUUAAAGGGAAAUAACUUCUUUUCUUUUUGGCCCACUGAAACAGGAAGCUUCGUGCCACGCUGGACGAAUACACCACCCGCGUCGGGCAGCAGGCCAUCGUCCUCUGCAUCUCGCCCUCCAAACCCAACCCUGUUUUUAAAGUGUUUGGUGCAGCACCGCUAGAGAACGUGGUAAGGCUUUGAAGUUCCAUGCAUGAUUUGCUCCUGGGGUUCUUACUUAUUUUAGUUACGUACAGUCAUACCUCAGGUUGCGAACACUGCAGGUUGCGCAUUUUUGGGUUACUGACAAACCAAACCCGGAAGUACUGGAACGGGUUACUUCUGGGUUUCGGCGCAUGCUCAGAAGCGCUAAAUUGCGCUUUGCGCAUGCUCAGAAGCGCCGAAUUGCGUCGUGUGCAGACGCGGCGCUGCAGGUUGCGAACGUGCCUCCCGCACAGAUCACUUUCGCAACCCGAGGUUCCACUGUACAUCAUUCUGAGAUGCUUAAAGGUAAAGGGACCCCUGACCAUUAGGUCCAGUUGUGGCCAACUCUGGGGUUGCAGCGCUCAUCUCGCUUUAUUGGCUGAGGGAGCCGGCGUACAGCUUCCGGGUCAUGUGGCCAUCAUGACUAAGCCACUUCUGGAGAACCAGAGCAGCGCCCAGAAACGCCAUUUACCUUCCCACCGGAGCGGUACCUAUUUAUCUACUUGCACUUUGACGUGCUUUCGAACUGCUAGGUGGGCAGGAGCAGGGACCGAGCAACGGGAGCUCACCCCGUCACAGGGAUUCAAACCGCCAACCUUCUGAUCGGCAAGUCCUAGGCUCUGUGGUUUAACCCACAGUGCCACCCAUGUCCACAGAUGCUUAAUUGCUGCUUAAUUACGUUACUUGAAAUGUGAGGAGAUUAGCGGUAAUACUGUUGUUUAGCUUUGAAUGAGGAAUUAGUAUUCCCCCACACACCCCAGUGGUUCUUUUUUUGUUGGAUUAUGGCGGCUCACAGAACUGUAGAGUUGGAAGGGACCCCGAGGGUCAUCUAGUCCAACCCCCUGCUGCAUUGCAGGAAUCUCAGCUAAAGCAUCCAUGACAGAGGGCCACCCAACUUCUGUUAGAAACCUCCAAGGAAGGAGAGUCCAAGAGCUCUCCUGGGAACUGCAACUCAUGUCAGUUGCCCGCUUGAGACAGCUGAAAAUUACCAAGGCCCACAAAAAGAGGAGGAGGAGGAGUUUGGAUUUGAUAUCCCGCCUUUCACUCCCCUUCAGGAGUCUCAAAGCGGCUAACAUUCUCCUUUCCCUUCCUCCCCCACAACAAACACUCUGUGAGGUGAGUGGGGCUGAGAGACUUCAGAGAAGUGUGGCUGGCCCAAGGUCACCCAGCAGCUGCAUGUGGAGGAGCGGAGACGCGAAGCCGGUUCUCCAGAUUACAAGACUACCGCUCUUAACCACUACACCACACUGGCUCUCAAAGGCAGAGCAGGGGCAGAGCCAGUCAUAAGAUGGAAGCAGAUGGAAGCAGACUUUGGUGUAACCAAGAGGCAGUUACCAACGUCAGUUUCUGCUGGUAUCUAAUCCAUCUUUCGAAAUUGCUAAAUUCUUUGCCGCAGCAAAACAGACAUUGGGAAACUGGUAUCGCUUAGUCUAUUCCCUUCGUCACAUUUGGAACUUACCCAGCAGUGAAGUACUUACUAAAUGUGGUAAUUCAGUUUUGUUGAAUUAAUUAAACCAAAAUAGUUUUAAUUGGGUUUUGAAUAAAAGCGCAAUUAAUAGUUUUUGUUUUGAAUUUUAUUGUGCUAUUAUGUUCCUAAGUGGGCCGUGCAGACCAUUAUUCUGAAUACAGUGGUACCUCGGGUUAAGAACUUACUUCGUUCUGGGGGUCCGUUCUUAACCUGAAACUGUUCUUAACCUGAGAUACCACUUUAGUUAAUGGGGCCUCCUGCUGCUGCCACGCCGCCACCACCCAAUUUCUGUUCUCAUCCUGAAGCAAAGUUCUUAACUCAAGGUACUAUUUCUGGGUUAGCGGAGUCUGUAACCUGAAGUGUCUGUAACCCCAGGUACCACUGUAAUGCCUUUUUAUAGGAGAGGGGAGGGGGUGCCGGGGGGGUGAGUUUAUGGAACCAAGGGGGGCGGUGGGCCAAAAAAGUUUGGGAACCACUGGGCUGCGUCAUUCCUGACUCAGCUCCUAGAGUCCUAUUUAGAGGGGAAGAAGGGCCACCGGCGAGAUAAAAGAUGAGCAAGUGAACUAAAAAAGUGAACAAAUCAUGGGCUGAUCCCAAAGAUGCCUGAGAAUGAUCUCCUCGCCCAGCUUGUCUGCCAACAGUGCUGGUUUUAACCUUUAAAGCCCUAUACGGCCUAGGACCCUCGUACCUAUGGGACCCCCUCUCCUGGUAUGACCCACGGAGGACCUUGCGGUCUUCAAACAAAAACAUCUUGGAGGUCCAGGGCCACAGGGAGGUUAGGCUGGCCUCAACCAGAGCCAGGGCCUUUUCAGUACUGGCCCCGAUCUGGUGGAACGCUCUGUCCCAAGAGACUAGGGCCCUGCGGGACUUGACAUCUUUCCGCAGGGCCUGCAAGACAGAGCUGUUCCACCAGGCCUUUGGUCAGGGCACAGCCUGACUCCCUCCUUUGGCAGUCCUCCUAGAACUCUAGCCCAAUGGUUGCCAUUAAUUUGAUUUGAACUGAUUUUAGAAUGAAAUGAUUUUAGAAUGUUGUAUUAUUUUACUGUUGUUAGCUGCUCUGAGCCCGGCUUUGGCUGGGGAGGGCGGGAUAUAGAUAAAAAUUCAUUAUUAUUAUUAUUAUUAUUAUUAUUAUGGUCUUCACUCUCAAGGGAUGUAGACCUCCAGCAAGGGCUGGUUCAAAAGGGAUCCGGAAUAGACAUGCCAGCAGCUGUUUGGGACAGUCCUACCCUGCCUCCAGACUUCUCUGGAAAUCCUUUUAGUUCUCCUCUCCUUGGUGUUGCUCCGAGUUUCAUCAUCAUCUCGCUCGAAUGCCCUCCUGGUCUGAGGGCUUUGGGGCCAGUGGGUAUUUUCAUCUGGCAGCUGGGGCGUUGUUUUCACCCCCCCUUCCCGUUACUUAGCACCCUCUUCUCUCCUGUUGCUCUUCACAUUGUUUACCUGAGCCCUUCCGAUUCCCCACAGGUGCGCAAGUACAAGAGCAUGAUCCUGGAAGACCUGGAGUCCGCUCUGUUGGAACACGCACCUGCGCCGCAAGAGGUUAACUCUGAGCUGCCACCGCUUACCAUCGACGGGAUUCCGGUCUCUGUGGACAAGAUGACCCAGGUAAGCAAGUAGAAAAGGUGGAAAAAGCCAUUCAGGGGAGCUUUGGUUGUCUCCAGCCUAUUGAUUUUUCCAGCGAAGAAUCUCUAGUCUCAAAAUCUCUCCCUCUCGCCUUCUCUGUCGCACACACAACUCCUCCGAGACACACUUAAUUCUUUCUCUCCAGGGGGAUACUGCAGUGACUCUGCUAAACGGUACGAGAUAAGGUGUUCCCAUUGAUGCUGCUUUUUCUACAAAGUGUGGGAGAAUAACCAGAGCCAGAGGCAAUAUUUUUGUCAGCCCACCUGGCUGGGAGCAUCUGUUUGCCUUGCUCCUUUGCGCAGCUCAUUGGAUGCAUGGCUUGCUCAUAACACCCGUGAAGGAUUGCAGAAUCAAAGAAUUAGAAGGGAACCUAAGGAUUAUCUAGUUCAACUCUUUCUUUUUUAAAAAAUAUUUUUGUUGGUUUUGAACAUACAAAAUUAUAAAACAUACCACACAAUAUAUCACAAAUACAUUCUUAUUGGACUUCCAUCAGCACCUCUGAUAAUCCUCCGUCUUAAUCACUUCUUACGCAUUUCCUAACUUAAUAUUGCCUUUGCAUUCUUAACAUAUCACGUCUCCUUCUCCAUUUUUGCAAUAUUUCUAAUAUUAUUCCUCAGAGAACGUCUUGCAAACCUUCAAACGUCGUCUGGUCGUCACAAAUACUUUUCAAAUAAUCCGUAAAUUUACUCCAGUCCUCGGUAAACUUCUGGUCCCGCCGGUUUCGGAUCCUUCCUGUUAGUUUGUCAAGUUCCGCAUAGUCCAUUAAUUUCACCCUCCAUUCUUCCAUCGUUGGUAAUUCUUCUUGCUUCCAUUUUUGGGCCAAUAGUAUUCUUGCUGCUGUUACUGCAUAUAGAAAAAGCUUACAUUCCUGGAUUAUCUAGUUCAACUCUGUGCAGUGCAGAAAUCACUAAAGAAUUCCAGACAUGCCUCUCCCAAUCUUUGCUUAAAAAUCACCAGUGAAGGAGAAUCCACCACCUUCUGAGAUUGCCUGUUCCACUGUUGAACAGCUCUUACCAUAAGAAAGUUCUUCCUGAUGUUUAGUCGUAAUCUCCUUUAUUGUCAUUUGAAUCCAUUGGUUCGGGUCCUCCCCCUGGGAGAAGCAGGAAAGAAGCUUGCUUCAUCUUCAGAUAUUUGAAGAUGGCUGUCACGUCACCUCUUAGUGGUCUUGUCUUCAGGUUAAACAUACCUGACUCCCUCAACCUUACGGAGUCCUCGCCGCAGGAUCACAUUCACCCGGUGCUAUACCAGCUGCACUGGCUCCCUGUGGAGUACAGGAUCAGGUUUAAGGUGCUGGUUUUAACCUAUAAAGCCCUAUGCAGCCUAGGACCCUCAUAGCUAUGGGACCGCCCCUCCUGGUAUGUCCCACGGAGGACCUUAUGGUCUUCAAACAAAAACAUCUUGGAGGUCCCGGGCCACAGGGAGGUUAGGCUGGCCUCAACUAAAGCCAGGGCUUUUUCAGCCGUGGCCCCGAUCUGGUGGAACGCUCUGUCACAAGAGACCAGGGCCCUGCAGGACUUGACAUCUUUCCGCAGGGCCUGCAAGACAGAGCUGUUCCACCAGGCCUUUGGCCAGGGCACAGCCUGACCCCCUCCUUUGGUAAUCCUCACAGAUCUCUAGCCCAAUGGUUUCCAUUAAUUUGAUUUUGAACUGAUUUUAGAAUGAAUUGAUUUUAGAAAGCUGCGUUACUUUUAUUGUUGUUAGCCGCUCUGAGCCCGGCUGGGGAGGGCGGGAUAGAAAUAAAUUAUUAUUAUUAUUAUUAUUAUUAUUAAUAACGGUUCCUCAGAAGGCUUGCUUUCUAGAGCACUUUGGCAGAGCUUGUGACUUCUAAGUCAGAAGCACCCAGUUCAGUUUUUAGCAUCUUCAGUGAUAGGAUGUUGCCGAAAUUAAAAUUGAGGCUUGAGGUGCCAUUGUGUCCCUGUUUAGGGAAGUUUUUAAUAUUUAAUGUUGUAUUGUUUUUAACACUCGAUUGGGAGCCACUCAGAGUGGCUGGGGAAACCCAGCCAGAUGGGCAGGGUAUAAAUAAUAAUACUAAUACUACUACUACUACUACCACUACUACUACUACUACUACUAAUAAUAAUAAUAAUAGGGCCUUCAGCGCUGCCCUUGGCUGACAUGCAUUGGCCCGUCCACAUAAGGCUUUUCGGAGCAAAAGGGCCUCUUGGGUCGUGGGUUCAAGCCCCACAUGGGACAAUAGAUUCCUGCAUUGCACGGUCCCUUCCAGCUCCAGGAUUCUAUGGUGAGCUGAUGAUCUCCACUCUUGUUAUGGUGGCAAUUAGAGAGGUCCUCGUGCCUGAGCAGGCCGAGAUGCAGGGCUCCCCGUUGAUUGUCUCCCCGGUGGCUCCAGAGCCCUUAACAAGCGCUUGCAAGUGGCUCAAAACUCUCGCUAAUUAAUCCACCUGGAAACGAGAAGCAGUUAUUGCAAGAGCUGCAUGCUGCUGUUCUUGGACCCCGUGGCGAAGCUGUUAUAUUCUUGAGCUGUGGUCCUGAUCUGCUCGCUGCAUCUAGCUUGUCCUUCUUCCUUGUACCGGGUCCUUGCUCUAGUUUUCCUUUUGGUGGCUUUUGCUUGGGGGGGACGGGACAAAAAGUUUGCAAAACCGAGACGUCACCUUCAAAAUGAAGCAUGCAAAUGAAGCAAGUUCAUUCAAACCCAGCGUGUUUGCAUACAUUUUAGCGAUUGGCAUAAUUUGAAUGUGUGCUGUUUUGGGGUUUUUUUGCCCACAGCGUUAAUAAAGCCUGGUGGUGUCUACAUGGAUGGAUUACUAGGGCUUAUGGCGCAUCCUUGUGUAAGCGUGCCUCCUUUCAGAUGGAUGCUGCCUCAUCCGUCCUGUUCACUUUCGGUUGCUUAGAUAUGCUGCGGUCUCAUCCCUGGGAUAUUUAUGCAUAAUUGCUAGAUGGUGCUGUAGCGCCAUUUGCAUAGCUGCUGCGCCCAUUCAUAGAACAUGCAGAGUGACCUCACUGAAAACAGCCCAUCCUUUAUCUAAUAACUAUACAGUGGUACCUCGGGUUACAUACGCUUCGGGUUACAUACGCUUCAGGUUACAGACUCCGCUAACCCAGAAAUAUUACCUCGGGUUAAGAACUUUGCUUCAGGAUGAGAACAGAAAUCGUGCUCCAGAGGCACAGCAGCAGCAGGAGGCCCCAUUAGCUAAAGUGGUGCUUCAGGUUAAGAACAGUUUCAGGUUAAAAACGGACCUCCAGAAUGAAUUAAGUUCUUAACCCGAGGUACCACUGUAGUAGGAAAGUGUGGGAGAGCCAUCCCAAUGCCAUACUGCAGCUGCUUCACGCAAUUGCCAAGGAGAGGUCCCUGCUCUCUGCAUGGUGCUUGCAGUCUAAAAUAGACAGUGGGGAAAUAAUAGAAGCCAAAGUGAAUAAUAAUAAUAAUUAUUAUUAUUUAUACCCCACCCAUCUGGCUGGGUUUCCCCAGCCACUCUGGGCAGCUCCCGAUUGAAUAUUAAAACACAAUACAGUGGUACCUCGGGUUAAUAACUUAAUUCAUUCUGGAGGUCCGUUCUUAACCUGAAACUGUUCUUAACCUAAGGUACCACUUUAGCUAAUGGGGCCUCCCGCUGCCUCCACCACACGAUUUCUGUUCUCAUCCUGAAGCAAAGUUCUUAACCUGAGGUACUGGGUUAGCAGAGUCUGUAACCUGAAGCGUCUGUAACCCGAGGUACCACUGCACCUCGUUGGCCCACGUUUUUAAACAUUAAAAACUUCCCUAAACAGGGCUGCCUUCAGAUGUCUUUUAAAAGUAGGAUAGUUGCUUAUUUCCUUGACAUCUGAUGGGAGGGCGUUCCAUGGGGCAGGCACCACUACCGAGAAGGCUCUGUGCCUGAAUACUGGAUGAGGCCAAAUGCCUGUCUAGUCCAGCAUCCUGUUCUCACAGUGGUCAUAUUAUACGUUUCCGAGCACAAUUCAAAGUGUUGGUGCUGACCAUGAAAGCCCUAAACGGUACAGUGGUACCUCGGGUUACAGACACUUCAGGUUACAGAUGCUUCAUCUUUCAUAUCUCACCAGCUAAACAUUGCGAUAUACCGCUAUAUCAGUCAGUCAGUCAGUUUUAUUGCACAUAGCCAAAGGCUGCUGCAAUGUACACAAAAUCAUUCAAGAAUUAAAAGAAAAUAUGCUGGAUUAAUACAAAAAACCUAAAACAUUUAUAUUAUCAAGACAUUGCCUACCCUAAGCAGAGCUAUAAAAGUACCUUAAUAUACAGGUUAAGACGUUAAACAAUAAAAUUUAUAGGGUAAUAUAAUCACAUGGCCACUAAUAUAUUAAAAAAUAAUGUUACUUAAUACAAUGUGCAAUUAUAUUCAGAGUUUGGUGAUAGAAUAUCGCUUGAUGUAGAUAGGGUCAAAUAAAUUCAUCUCCUUUACAGUUGGUGGCUACCUUGGCUAUAUAAUUUGCUCUAAUUUUCCUAGCGGCAGUUGCAAAGAGUGCUACAUGCCAAGUCACAUACUUAUCUGUGUCUGCGAGGAGAUAUAAAAUCAUGUCAGAGGGGUUCUGGCCAGGGGACCUUGGCUAUAUCACGAUGUCUGGAAUAAGGAUGGAGCUUGAGGGACGUGGGUGGUGCUGUGGGUUAAACCACAGAGCCUAGGACUUGCCAAUCAGAAGGUCGGCGGUUCGAAUCCCCCUGACGGGGUGAGCUCCCGUCACUCGGUCCCUGUUCCUGCCAACCUAGCAGUUCGGAAGCACGUCAAAGUGCAAGUAGAUAAAUAGGUACCGCUCCGGCAGGAAGGUAAACGCCGUUUCCGUGCGCUGCUCUGGUUCACCAGAAGCGGCUUAGUCAUGCUGGCCACAUGACCCGGAAGCUGUACGCCGGCUCCCUCAGCCAGUAAAGUGAGAUGAGCGCCACAACCCCAGAGUCGGCCACAACUGGACCUAAUGGUCAUGGGUCCCUUUACCUUUAUGUAGAGACAUUGGCUGGCUUCACAGUGUUCCUUGCUUGUGUUUAUUGCCGGCGCCUGCACUUGAGAUUUGCUGCCCCCCUUGUAGGAGGCAGGGGAGAGCUGAGCCAGCAGAGUUAACAGGGGCUGCAGGUAUCAAGAGAAGCACUGGCUGCCUUCAUGGUUUUUCCCACAUUUUGAUUUUUGCAUAGUGUGUGUGUGUACACACACACACACACACACACACACUGUGAUUCAUGAUAUAUUGCCAGUUCAAAAAUUAUGAAACCAAUAUCACAAUAUGGACUUCAAACCAGUUUUGGAUGAUAUAUCAACAUAUCGCCCAUUCCUAGUCAGUAUCGAAAAUUGCAAUCUUUCAGGAUCAUUGCAAUCAUACCUAGGAAAAAAUGUGCUUCCUUUCUAGGACCAGGCUAUGAAAUCCCAAAUCUCUUGGAAGGCCUCUGCUGUGGCUCUGAAUUACUCUGGCUCUGAAUUUUCAAAGCAAAAGCUGGUGAUACAGGUCAAAUAUUCAGGGCGUGUGAUGAUAAUUGGUCACCGUGCCCCUGACACAAGUUGAAACUGGGGGAAACAGCCCCUCCUGAACAUGAUCUGUUCUCAUGUGGACUGAACCCAGCCAUUCCUUUAGAACUUUGUGUAUGCAAUGUCCCUAGCUGCUCCUGGAACGUUGAUUUCUGAAUGCUGGUUGGUUGAUUGAUAUUUUUCUUUAAUGCCACAGGCACAGCUGCGGGCCUUCAUCCCCGAAAUGCUGAAAUACUCGACGGGCCGUGGCAAGCCGGGCUGGGGGAAGGAGAGCUGCAAGCCCGUCUGGUGGCCCGAAGACAUCCCGUGGGCCAACGUCCGCAGCGACGUCCGGACGGAGGAGCAGAAGCAGAGGGUGUGUGUUGAUGAAAGUCCUCUUGCUUCAGCAAAGGGCUCUGACUUGGUAUGACAAGUGGAAAGGCUUAGCUUAUAGAUCUCUGUUGGGGAAGUCUGUGAAGUGCUUUGGGACCAAAAUAGAUCAGGUAAGAACACAAGAGGGUGGCCAUUGCAGCUCCAGCCAAAGGUGCUCAGCUCUCUGUUCCCAGUGGGUUCAGCCAGGCACCCCAGGAAUUUGCAAGCGUGGCAUUUAUGGGAAGAGGCCCUCCCUGGAUCUCAGUCCCCAGCAUCUGGUUCCCAAGAGGCAUAUGAUCUAUGGACGCAAUUGGUUACAUUCCUGGCCAUCUUGGCUUGCAGCCGUUAAUGACCUGUCCUCCCGGAAUCUACCUCUCUGUUAUUUUAGCAGCUGUUAUGCCAGCAGUCAUCAGAGCACAUUGCUGUGCAUUGAAUCCCGCACGUUUCUCCCUUAGAUUCCAGCAAAAGCCUUGGUAUUCCCCACUUACUUAAGCCAGCCUUUCAGAUCUGGAAGCUGAAUCCCAGCCUGCUUCUGGAGAUGCAAAACUGACAUAAAUAAAAGCAGCCACGGAUUACGCUCCGUGGGAAAGGGCAGGACGUUUCUCUGUUUUACAGAAGUCUUAUCGUGCCUUUAUAAUUCAGCAAACAGUUCAAGACAGCUCACAAUCCAAUCGGAAGCAACAGUAGUAAUCUUAAGACAAUUUCAGAAUGCACUUAAAAGCAAACCGCAACGCAGCGGAUAAAAUUAACAUGUGAUUAAUAAGAAUAAGAAUAAGAAAGCAAAUACCGUAUUUUUCGCUCUAUAGGACGCACCGGACCAUAGGAGGGGGAGAACAGGAAAAAAAUUUUUUUUUUCUUGUUCUCCCCCUCUAAAACAAGGUGCGUUCUGUGCUGAGCUGCGCAGCGCUCCGUCUCCCUGUUCUGGCUUUGGGCUUAGCCGCACAGCCUGCAUUUGCUCUAUAGGACGCACACACAUUUCCCCUUAAUUUUUGGAGGGGAAAAAGUGCAUCCUAUAGAGCGAAAAAUACGGUAAAUUCUUUGUCCAGCACCUACGAACUUAUCAAACCAUGUGAAUUGCCCUUGGGAGAGCAUUCCAACUAUUGGGUGCCACAACCGGAAAAGGCCCUGUCCCUACUUGAUUUCUUAGCAAGGUCAUGUGGGAGCAGAAAGCCCUUGGGCUACCCGAGCCCCAAGCUCUCCCUUCUGGGCAACCUUCCAUCGUGGGCCGCAAGCCAGUGGUGGGUGGGGCCAGCUGUGGGCGGAGCAAUUGAUGUAAAUUGUUACCUUUGUAAAGGAGGCCAGUUUCAACACAUGCACUCGCACACCCCUUUCUGUCCUCCAUCCAGGGAAGCAAGGAGCAUUGCGAGAGCUCGAGGACACAUCACAGCCAGGUAAAAAAACUAAAACUUGAGGGAGGGCUGGCGAGGGAUUUAGCUGGGGGGAAGGGGCAUGGCCUGGGGAGAGACACGAGAACCACAGAGUGAGGCGUAUUUGGCUCCCAGGCCAGGCGUUCCCCACCCCAGACCGGCACAUCCAGAGCAAAGCAGGGUGGUCCAGUUGCCUCCAGUCUGUGGCUGUUCGGGAAGAUUCUGCACAAGAAGGAAAAAGGCCUUCUGAGCGCACCUGUCUGUCCACUCUAAUCCCAGAAUGGAGAAAGUCAUUUGUUUACCCUGGUUUAGUUAAUGCAGUUAAAAUCUAGCAAUUUUCACAAUUGCUAAUGUGAGCUAGAGCCACCCUUUUCACACCGUAGGUUAGCUAGUCGACUUGCAGUGAUUUGGGGACCCAUCACUGGUGGUUUUUCGUGAGACAAUGCCUUUGAGUACCAUUUGCUGGGGGUCGCAGGUGGGGCAGUUGCUGCUGAGCUGAGGUUCUGCUUGCAGGCUUUCUGUGGGGGCACCUGGUUGGCUGCAGUGCGAACAGGGCGCUGGGCUAGAUAGGCCUUUGGCCUGAUCCUGCCAGCCCAUCUUGUGUUCUUAAUCUUGCCCCCAUUGGAAGUACAUUUCUGCUUUGAAAGCUCUUUAUGGAGUAAAGUUUACCAGAGAUCCCAUCACUCAAUUUAAGGAAUAUUUCAGAGCUUGGUUACUUUAUUGUUUGUUCUGCUUCUGUUUUGUUUUUGUUUUUUUAAAUGGGAUAUGGUAUCCCUGAAUAUGCCUCUUCUCUCCCUCUUUAAUCCGGCAGGUGUCUUGGACUCAGGCGCUGAGGACCAUUGUCAAGAACUGCUACAAACAGCACGGCCGCGAGGACCUGCUCUACGCUUUUGAGGAUCAACAAACACAGCCUGCGACAGCAACACACAGUAUAGCACACCUGGUCCCGUCCCAAACCGUGGUCCAGACCUUCAGCAAUCCCGACGGCACAGUCUCUCUCAUCCAGGUGAGAAGUUGCAGCAGCACAAAGAGGGUCCCCGGCUUCAGAUUGGUCAAAAGCUUUGCAAUCUGGCCCCAAACACCUGCCCCAGAUGUGCAGGAGCCAAUUCUUGCUGUUAUUUUAUUGCAUUGCAUUGAUGAUAUCCCACUUUAUCUCCAAGGAUCUCAAGGGGGUGUACAUGGUUUUCUCUCUCCUCAUUCAAUCCCCACAACAACCCUGUGAGGUAGGUUAGGCUGAGAGGCAGUGGCUGGUCCCCAGGAUCACCCAGUGAGCUUCACGGCUGAGUGGGAGUUUGGACCUUAGUGUCUUAGGUCCUGGUCUCUGUCCCAGCUCCUGCAGUUUGAAAGCACACCAGUGCAAGUAGUGCUGCUGCUUCUGUUGUUGUUUAGUCAUUUAGUCGUGUCCGACUCUUCGUGACCCCCUAGACCAGAGCACGCCAGGCCCUCCUGUCUUCCACUGCCUCCCGCAGUUUGGUCAGACUCAUGUUGGUAGCUUUGAGAACACUGUACCACCAUCUCGUCCUCCAUUGCCCCUUCUCCUUGUGCCCUCCAUCUUUUCCAACAUCAGGGUCUUUUCCAGGGAGUCUUCUCUUCUUAUGAGGUGGCCAAAGUAUUGGAGUCUCAGCUUCAGGAUCUGUCCUUCCAGUGAGCACUCAGGGCUGAUUUUCCUUCAGAAUGGAGAGGUUUGAUCUUCUUGUAGUCCAUGGGACUCUCUAGAGUCUCCUCCAGCACCAGAAUUCAAAAGCAUCUAUUCUUUGGCGAUCAGCCUUCUUUAUGGUCCAGCUCUCACUUCCAUACAUCACUACUGGGAAAACCAUAGCUUUAACUAUAUGGACCUUUGUCGGCAAGGUGAUGUCUCUGUUUUUUAAAUGGCAUUUCCAUGUUCUCUGGUUUCCACCAUGGUGUCCCGUUGUGCCAGAAUAAUAAUAAUAAUAAUAAUAAUAAUAAUAAUAAUAAUAAAUUUAUUGUUUAUACCCACCGAUCUGGCUGGGAUUCCCCAGCCACUCUGGGCGGCUUCCAAAAAAUAUUAAAAUACUGUAAUGCAUCAAACAUUAAAAGCUUCCCUAAACAGGGCUGCCUUCAGAUGUCUUAACUCUGGACUUGACUGUCCAGAGGUCCUUUACCUUUUAACUUUUACCUUAGGUCCUAGUCCAAUUCUAACCACUACACCACACUAGCUCUCUUGCAGUUCCUUAGUACUGUGCAAACAAUAUUCUGUGUCAUGUCACCCCAGGGUCGAACUCUGGCAAAUACCUCUAGGCCUGAGGAGUUCUGGCCCUGAGUAAUAGGAAUCAUUCUCCAAAAUACUUGGUUGGUGUGCAAAGACACAGAAAUUAUUCAUUUUUGUAGGAACACAGGGAAUCUUCCUCAGGAGCUAGUGCACUUGUAUGUUUGUGAUAUGUCAUAGUUUAGCUUGGUGUGAUGUGCGAAUGCGGCCAACCUGAAUCCAGAAAAUUGUCACCCCUUUGGUUUAAUUGGUUUCUUGAUUUACUCACAACCGGCCUGUCUCAUUGGUUUCAGUGUGACGCAAGCUUUCUCUGGGCUCUAGGCCUUGUAGCUAUUGUGUAGAGAUCAUUGGCCUUUGUGCCGUUAUUGUUGUUGUUUAGUCGUUUAGUCGUGUCCGCCUCUUCGUGACCCCAUGGACCAGAGCACACCAGGUACUCCUGUCUUCCACUGCCUCCCGCAGUUUGGUCAAACUCAUGCUGGUAGCUUCGAGAACACUGUCCCACCAUCUCGUCCUCUGUCAUCUCCUUCUCCUUGUGCCCUCCAUCUUUCCCAACAUCAGGGUCUUUUCCAGGAAGUCUUCUCUUCUCCUGAGGUGGCCAAAGUCUUGGAGCCUCAGCUUCAGGAUCUGUCCUUCCAGGGAGCACUCAGGGCUGAUUUCCUUAAGAAUGGAAAAGAAUGUGCCAAUAUAUUUUAUUUUCCACCAUAUAAAUAAAUUUUGAAACCCGCAGCUCGGCUGCAGGGCUUGGGACCAAGCUAGAAAUCUGAAUGAGCAGGGAGAUACGUAUUGUGUUUCUUUAACUUGGACCGUGUGAUGCAUAUGAUCAUAGCCCAAGAAGCCAACUGACUGGAAAGUCAACCCUUGGUGGCAUCUCACUGACUACCGUUGUGUGUUGCAGGUUGGCACAGGAGCUACGGUAGCGACCUUGGCAGAUGCCUCCGAAUUGCCCACCACCGUCACUGUCGCACAAGUCAACUACUCUGCAGUAACCGACGGAGAGGUGAGUGGCGAUGUUGGCUGGCAAGGCCUGUGCCCAGAGAUCUCAUGGUAGAUCACUUCCUGAAAAUUCACAUGGAAAGUGUUUCCACAAGCUCUCUGAACCCGCACGGCAGCUAAGCUGCUUUGCCUCCCUUAGGGAUAGGGAGCCAGAUCAGGUGCUGGGCAGAAUCCUGACCUCCCAUGCACCAGCUUCGACAGGUGGGUGGAGCUGCCCAACUGUCAGUCCCUUGGCGUCAUUAGGAUAUUGAUGAGUGAUGACUUCAGAGGGGCUGGCCCCUCUCAGCUGAUGAAGGCAAGGGCUGAUUAUCAGUUGGUGGUCCAGCUCUUGCAAAGGCACAGGGCUUCGUAGGUGCUGCUAAUUGGCGGCCCCUGCAGCUUUUGAUGCCAGGUGUUGGGCAGCUGGGCCGACCUAGCGAAAGCUACCUGUGAGCCAAAUGUGGAGGCCUGCAGGACCGAAUGAGCGGGGCUAAUUGAAUCUGACUUUCUGACGUUUAAGGUCAUUUUGCUAUGUGCAAAAUGGCUGCCAUUAGAGCUUGCUGCUUCUUUUUUUAAAGUAGAAAAGAGAUUGGUACAUUUUGUAAAACCAUUAUUUUUACAUUAUGUCCACCUGGAUGCGGACCCACAAAUGUGCUUUUUGCUGGCAAGGUGGUUAGGGGAGGGUGGGGUUAUUGUUAUUGUUUUGAUUAUGUAUUUUUUGUUCUCUGUCUUGUACUUUUAUGUUUUGAACUGCCCUGAUGAGAUCUAUGGAUGAAUGGUGGUGGAAUAAUAAUAAUAUGAGAACGAAUGAUUCAGUAGAGCCCUUUUUCCUCUGGGUUCCGAUUUUUGCACAUAGUGACCGGUAUAGGUCAAAAAUUUGCUUUACGUAUUUCAUGAAGAACUAGCCAGGUGGAUCUAUCAGCAAUAUCCAUUUCCACAACAGUUAGCAAAAGUGUUUUUUUUAAAAAUACCAUCUAAGGUCUCGUUUUCUGUUAACUCUCUUGGUGUUAAUCAGUUGACUUCGUUGCGGUGGUUAUUGAUAAUUUUCUCAGUGCCAUCCUUGUACAGGGUAUACUCUACUCUGAUGGCAAGGAAUAAUAGAUAUGCAGAAAUAUGGCUCCCUGCCUCCUAGCACAUUUGCACAGAGGAUAUACUUAAGCUUCAUUUCAACUGGAGCAGAAUCAGGAGGGUUAAACAGGCUUCACAAAGGUAGCACCACAUAGGUCCAGGGUCAGCAAACAUUUUCAGCAGGGGGCCGGUCCACUGUCCCUCAGACCUUGUGGGGGACCAGACUAUAUUUUGAAAAAAAUAAUAAUGAAUGAAUUCCUAUGCCCCACAAAUAACCCAGAGAUGCAUUUUAAAUAAAAGGAAAUAUUCUAAUGUAAAAACGUGCUGAUUCCCGGACUGUCUGCAAGCCGGAUUUAGAAGGCGAUUGGGCCGGAUCCGGCCCCCGGGCCUUAGUUUGCCUACUUUGCCUAGUUUGCCUAGUUUGACAUAGGUGUUCUGGCAGAGGCAAAGCGAGUGACUUUGGGACUGGAAAGCCCAGGCUGGGGAAGCGAAUACUAACUUUCUUGAACACUUGGGUGUGGGGAGCUGGGAAGAACAGACUCUUCUUGGAGAGAGGGAGAGGCCUGUUCUCUUUCUAUUGGACCCAAGUCCAAGUCUCCAGGCCUUUGUGUCAGGACGGAGUGGCGAAGUCCCGCGCUUCUCUGGAAAGGGAUAGGAUUCUCAGGGCAAUAGGUGGCAGCACAAAAACAGCUCUUGUUCCCAGAGACGCCGGCAUUUGCAUUUGAAAGGCCGGCUAGAAACUGGUUGUUUUGUUUUUUGAGAUUUCUGUCCCUGAAAAUUCCAUCCCAUGCAUCAAAGGGGGUUUCAGGAGACAAGCCCCUCAUUGUCUCUGUGAAAGCGGGCACCUUCCACCUUGCCUAAUGUACUUGCUUCCUGUUCCGAGCAUGUGAAGAUACGAAGUCGCUGCCUCCUGCAACCGAGUCUGGCCACAGCCUGUUCCCUGCCACGUCGGCUAAAUAGAAUAACCAACCGACCGCUACCUGCCAGUACCAUUUCCCCAGUACCAUUUAUUCUUUGUGAAAUACAUUUACAAUGUAAAUGCAAUACAAAUACAGUGGCACCUUGGUUCUCAAACUUAAUCUGUUCCGGGAGUCCGCUUGACUCCCGAAACCGUUCGAAAACCAAGGCGCAGCUUCCGAUUGGCUGCAGGAGCUUCCUACAUGCAAGCGGAAACUGCGUUGGACGUCUGGCUUCCGAAAAACGUUUGCAAACUGGAACACUUACUUCCGGGUUUGCGGCAUUUGGGAACCAAUUCAUUCAACAACUAAGCCAUUCAAAAACCAAGAUACCAUUGUACUAACAUAGUCCAGCAACAGCUGCAGACUCAAGUUUGAGAAGCGCCGUCUUGGACUCUCCUUCCUGAGGCUCUAGUCGUUCCCGUUGCUCAAGAUGCCAUUGCCUUGACUUGGGACUUUUGACUUUGACUUGACUUGGGAUGGUGAAAUUCUUAUUUGAAAAACCAAAUAAAUAAAUUGAGAGAGAGAGAAAUGCACCCAAGCGGGAACGGUCCCUGGAUACUUUCUCAGACGGUGCGAGUUCCAUCAUGCCUCUCUCGUCUUCUCCGUCCCACCAGGUGGAGCAGAACUGGGCAACGCUACAGGGAGGAGAGAUGACGAUCCAAACCACCCAAGCCUCAGAAGCCACGCAGGCAGUGGCAUCCCUGGCAGAAGCGGCGGUGGCGGCAUCGCAAGAGAUGCAGCAAGGAGCAACAGUCACCAUGGCCCUCAACAGGUAUUGAGAUACUGUUGCCAUGUGGGGAGGGGGGGUCUUCAUUGAUGUUUGGGUGCUGGGCUGGUUUGGUGAAGGCCAAUGGCUCCUUGCUACCUAACCUCUCUCCAAAAGUAACUUGCAAAAGAAGCAAAGUUAUAGCUGGAGUUGGUCAAAACGCUCAUGAAAUCUCACCUUGGGUAGUUUUGCAAAAAGUCAAGUCUCUUUUAGCCAACAGUAGAGCUGUUUUGGGGGGGGACGCGGGUGGCACUGUGGGUUAAACCACAGAGCCUAGGACUUGCUAAUUAGAAGGUUGGUGAUUUGAAUCGCUGCGGCGGGGUGAGCUCCCGUUGCUCGGUCCCUGCUCCAGCCAACCUAGCAGUUCGAAAGCACGUCAAAGUGCAAGUUGAUAAAUGGGUACCGCUCCGGCAGGAAGGUAAACGGCAUUUCCGUGCGCUGCUCUGGUUCUCCAGAAGCGGCUUAGUCAUGCUGGCCAUAUGACCCGGAAGCUGUCUGCGGACAAACACCGGCUCCCUUGGCCUAUAGAGCGAGAUGAGCACCACAACCCCAGAGUCGGUCACGACUGGACCUAAUGGUCAAGGGUCCCUUUAACUUUACCUAGAGCUGUUUUGGGAUUCAUGAGACUCGGCGAGUCUGCCUUUAAGAGGCCCUCUUCUAAGAGAGCUCUGCAGUUCUGAAGCAUGGCGCAGCGUUUGUUUUCUUGCUUCCCGUCGGGAAGGCAGUGCUGCUGGUGACAGAAAACACCCCAGCCGAAAACAGCGAUAAAGUACCAGCAAAGCAUUGCACCGUUUAUAUUUCCCUCCUCUUUGUUAAUAGGCCCCCAAGGUGAUGGGGCAACAGGCUCUCGCGCUUGCUUGAGAAAACUUCAGCAUGGUGAGAUAGCCAAAUACCUGCGUCUUCGCUUUUAAAGGGAUUUGGUUACGAAUCUCCCAUUUAUUUGCUUAUUUAUUAAGUGCUCAUUUGACUAUGUUAGCACAUCACCAGAGGCAAAAUGCCCUUGACUAUAGCCAGGUGGCUGCUAGCCACGACAGGAGCGUAGAGUGGGGGGCUGAGGGGGUCAUUGCCCUGGGCUCAGUCUUUUGGGGGGCACAUCAAGGCCCCCCGCCCUGCCGUGAGCUGCUGCAUCCUUCUCACCGAGGAGGGCGCAAUAGGUGUGCUCCCUGACCUCUGAGCAUCCUGAACAGCAGACACACACAGUCUAAAUGUUGCCACCUGUGGUGAUGGGCCGUGGGGUGCCCUGCCUCUCCACCGACUCCGCAAUAACAUUCAAUAUCAGGCCUCUGUUGUUUCGAAGCUGAUUCCCUUGCCCCCCCCCCCCUCCACACCAGCUCAGCUUCUAAGCCUCAGAUGCGCAGGAGGACUGGCUUGGGGUAUCGGCAGGAAGGUCUGCUUUGCUGUGGGGAAAUGGUUCUGAUGGCAGCGGAUUUAAUAGCGUCCCCCGAGGGUUUGUUAACAAGCCUCAAAGCGCCUGAGCUGACUCGAGCAGUCCUUGUGCGGGAGUGAGGUGAUGGCUGGGCCGGGAGCGAACAGGAUUGCAGCCGACAGAUACGGAAACCAGAGAGAAAAGGCAUUGUUCUUUCCUGUUGCAGCCCAGUAGUCAUACAGAGGUACCUCGGGUUACAUACGCUUGAGGUUACAGACUCUGCUAACCCAGAAAUAGUGCUUCAGGUUAAGAACUUUGCUUCAGGAUGAGAACAGAAAUCGUGCUCCGGCGGCGCAGCAGCAGCGGGAGGCCCCAUUAGCUAAAGUGGUGCUUCAGGUUAAGAACAGUUUCAGGUUAAGAACAGACCUCCGGAACGAAUUAAGUACUUGACCCGAGGUACCACUGUAGUAGUAUUAUAUACUACACCCAGAGUGGCUGGGGCAACCCGGUAAGAUGGGCAGGGUACAAAUAAUAAAGUUUUUAUUGCAGUCAUACCUUGGUUUUCGAACAGCUUAGUUCUCGAACGUUUUGGCUCCCAAACCCCACAAACCCGGAAGUGGCUGUUCCAGUUUGCCUACUAUUUUUGGAAGCUGAACGUCCGACGGGUCUUCCGAUUGGCUGAAGGAGCUUCCUGCAGCCAAUCAGAAGCUGCACUUUGGUUUCCGAACGUUUUGGAAGUUGAACGGACUUCAGAAUGGGUUCCGUUCGACUUCCAAGGUAUGACUGUGUUAUAUUUAUUUAUACCCUGCCUUCUUCCCCUGACAGGGACUCAAGGCGGCUUGCAAAUAAAAUAUGAAUUGCUAUAAACAUGAGGGCAAAACAUUAAAAAACAAGAAAAUAUUAAUAGAAUUGUAUAUGUCUGCAUAUAAUUCUGUUAACGUUUGCUUGUUUUUUGUUGAUUCCACUCCCAAAGCCUGUUGGAAGGAGAAGGGCUUCCCCUGCUGGCAGAAGGACAACAGGGAGGGAGCCAAUCUGGCUUCCAAAGUUCCAAAGUCUGGGAGCAGCCACCGAAAAGCCCCGCUUCUGUGUCCCCACCACGUUCGCCUGUGAAGGCGGUGGGACCAAGGGAAGCCCGCUCUUCAAAGAAGAGUACACAUAAUACCCGUUCCCCAUUUGCAAGAGAUCAAUCUCUCUGUGUAGCAGCGCUUGCACUCCUAGCCUAUUGAUAUCAGGCAGGCUCUUUCAUUGUGCUCUUUUCUGUGUCCACUAAAAACAUUUUAGUUUAGACAACCCUACCCAGACAUACGGGUGGUAUGUCCCAGGGACGCGGGUGGUGCUGUGGGUUAAACCACAGAGCCUAGGGCUUGCUGACCAGAAGGUCAGCGGUUCGCAUCCCCGCCACGGGGUGAGCUCCCGUUGCUCGAUCCCUGCUCCUGCCAACCUAGCAGUUUGAAAGCACAUCAAAGUCAAGUAGAUAAAUAGGCACCACUCCAGCGGGAAGGUAAACGGUGUUUCUGUGCGCUGCUCUGGUUCGCCAGAAGCGGCUUAGUCCUGCUGGCCACAUGACCCGGAAGCUGUACGCCGGCUCCCUCGGCCAAUAAGGCCGAGGUGAGCGCCGCAACCCCAGAGUCGGUCACGACUGGACCUAAUGGUCAGGGGUCUCUUUACCCAGACAUACAGCCCUCCCUCGGCUUACGUUACCCUUGGGUAACAUAAACUUCGGGUUGCGAAAGCGGCAAACCCAGAAGUAUACUUUGGGUUUUGCUGCAUGCGCAGAAGUGCUGCACAUGCGCAGAAUGCGGUGCACAUUUGCAGAAGCGGCACCUCUGAUUGCAGAAACUGCGGGAUCCGUCCGGAGCUCUGGAACGGAUCCCGUCCGCAACCGGAGGUACCACUGUAUUGCGUAUGUAUGUAUGUAUGUAUGUUGUGAUCUGGUUACUGUUGAUUUUAUGUUUUGAAUGAUUUGCGUAGUUGCUUUUACAGAUUUUCUUUUUUUACUGAUGGUUGUAUUGUUUUAUUCUCUUCGUAAACUGCUUUGAGGGAUAUUUUUUUUUACAACCUAGCAGUGUAUAGAUUUUAUGAAAUAAACAAAGAAGAUGCUUAGGUGGGGAUGUUCUGGUGGCUCCUGACUUCCGCAGGGCUUUUGUGAACAUAGACAUGUUCCCCAUCAUCUCCCCAACUUUGCCACGCCUGUUACCUUGAAUCAGGAACACUUGCUUUUUUCAAAUUCCCAGGGCUAGAGGUUGAGCUUGGGACUCCUGUCCAUGCCCAGCACAUGUUUCAUUGCUCUCUUAUCUCUAGUUUUGGUAACCUCUCCUCUCCUUGCCUUGCAGCGAAGCAGCCGCCCACGCCGUCGCCACGCUUGCAGAAGCUACCCUCCAAGGCGGGGGCCAGAUUGUCUUGUCCGGUGAAACUGCAGCAGCCGUCGGCGCUCUCACCGGGGUUCAAGAUGCGAACGGUAGGCCGAUGCAGAUAUGCAAUUGCGUUUCUUCCUGAUCCCUUUGUGAACUCCCUCGGACUGAUGGAUGGGGUUGCAAAGUCUCACUGGGCCCAAAGAAGGCGGUUCCCAGCCAGAGCAGUAAAGUCUACCCGCUUUGUUGUUUACUCGCCUCAAAAGGAGUAGCUUCCUGAGUUGUUGGGCUCUCAGAAUGCAGGAAAGUUUGCAGAACUUAGCUUCUCCAAUUUAUAGGCCCCUCUGCUUCCUUUCCCUGGGUGACAUGGGUGGAGCCACUCAACUUAGGUCUUUGCAUGCCGAGGUCCCAGAUUCAGUUCCACAGCUUCACUGGGGGGAAAGGUCAGGUUAGCAGGUGACAGGAAAGACCUCUGCACAAGGUCUCUGCAGUGAGGUCCAGCACUAAGGGCCUUCUGGUGGUUCCCUCCCUGCGAAAAGUGAAGUUACAGGGAACCGGCAGAGGGCCUUCUCGGUAGUGGCGCCCUCCCUGCGGAAUACCCUUCCAUCAGAUGUCAAGGAAAUAAACAACUAUGUGACUUUUAGAAGACAUCUGAUGGCAGCCCCGUGGAGGGAAGUUUAUAAAGUUUGAUGUUUUAUUAUGUUUUUAUAUGUGUUGGUAGCUGCCAAGAGUGGCUGGGGCAACCAGUCAGAUGGGCAGUGUAUAAAUUAUUUAUUAUUAUUAUUAUUAUUAUUAUUAUUAUUACUAUUAUUACAGUGGUACCUCUAGAUGCGAACAGAAUCCGUUCCGGAGUUCCGUUUGCCUCUAGAAGCAAACGUAACUAGCGACGGCACGUCUGCGCAUGCACGCGUUGUUUUCUGCCGCUUCUGCGCAUGCGUGUGACUUCAUUUUGAGUGUCUGCGCAUGCGAAAGCGGCGAAACCCAGAAUUAAUGCGCUCCGUUACUGGGUUGCCGUGGAGCGCAACUCGAACGCGCUCAACCUGAAGCGCAUUCAACCCGAGGUAUGACUGUAUUAUUCUUAUUAUGAGGUAUUAUCAGACCUCAGGGGUGCAGCCCGGCCAGGCAAAAACCCUCUAGGAAGUGUGCAAAGCAGGGCUGGCAACAUAUGGCCUAGGAAGAGAGAGCAUGCCUGGGCCAACGGUCUGCCUCAGUGUAAGGCGGUUUCGUACAGUUCCCUGUGUGGCGUAGACCUGAGCGUCCCUCGUGCUGUUUACUCCGUUGGGUUUCCCGCUCCGGCCUCAGAGCCGGUAACCAAGCAUAGAAAUGUGCGUGGUCUCUCUGCUUGCUUAAUUGCUGCUUUUCUGCUCCCGAGAGCCCAGGCACCUUGCAGCUGGUAAACAAGUCACUUGCGACGCCUUCAGCAAAGCGUUCCCAAACCUUCCUCCUUCCUUCAGCAGGGCAAACAGUUCUGAGGCUGUUUGGUUGCUUCAGCCCUGCCCAAAAGAAGACUUUCUUGGCAGCUGGGUCUUUGCAAAGUGGGACUCUGGCAGGCCUGCAGAACCACAGAGCGUUCUAGCAAGACUGUUCUGCUUUCUGCCAGGGGGUGCAGGCGUUCCUAGUCCAUCUAAUGGGUUCCCACACAAAGCGGCGCUUCUUAGGAUUUUGCAGCCAUGGAGAGCCUUAUUAGCAGCCCCAGGAGCUGGGGCUGCUAAUAACCAGCACUUCGAAUUUCACCCUGCAGCAAAAAUUGCGAUUCAGUGCAAUGGGCUGUCGACGGCUCCAAGCCGCGGCAGCAGUGGUUCUGAAUUCCAGCUGCUGGAAAGCACCAGAGGGAAGAGUUCCUCUUGUGCUUAAAUCCUGCUUGCUGGCAUCUGCUUGGCUAUUGCAAAAACAGGAUGCACAGUGUGUGGGCCAUUGGCCUCAUCCAGCGGGCUCUCCUUACGGCUAGAGGGCUGGUGGUUGCUUGUUCUCUCGGACCCACUUGUGCCAGAAGCUGCUCUGACCUUGGUCUGCGCUCAAAAUCACUGUAGAGUUGGAAGGGACCCCGAGGGUCAUCUAGUCCAACCCCCCCUGCAACGCAGGCAUUAUUAAGUUAUUGUAGUGCCUAAAUCCCCACUGCCUUACAUCUUGCAGCUCCUGUUGCCCCAGAGGAAGUGGGGAGCGAAGCCCCUGCUGACCCCGUGAGCCUCACUUGGGGCGUCCCCAUGACACACUCCUACAUCAUCUGGCCCGCAGGAAACGGCAUGGAAAGGACCUUGGCCUCCCUUUUAAGCUAAGGAUUGAGACGGGUUGGACAGAGCUGCCGGUCCCAAUCCCCCUCCGAGCCCUUCUGCCUCGCUCACCCAUUCAGAAAUGAAAUGGUUUCUCUUCCAAGAGGGUUGGCGCGCUGGUCAGAUAUUGAAGAAGGCCUGUGAUUUGACCUUGGUCAAAUUCUGUCAAAUAUUCUGAGAAUGCCAACUUAUUGGUGGCAGCUCAAGGGUCCGGUCCCCCUCCCCCAGGUUUUGUGAUGAUGCCCAUAUCUUUGCAAUGGCAGGUAUAGGGCCUCCGCCCCACAUCCUUGCAGCAGUCAGGAGCAGAUUCAGCAUUAUAUGAAAGCUUCUCUUUCUGGUCACGGCCAGUGGCUCCUGACAGGGGUGCCAGCCAUCUUCAGAUGCAAACGGCCACCCCCUGACUCCCAUUUUGCUUGCUGCAGGGAACGCAGGCUGCUCUCCCCUUUCCCAUGUGGGUCUGCCUUACAUCGGCCUGGAAAUAUCUUUCAGCUUUCAAAACGUCAAUUGCAUUGUUUCGCAGUAACCGUUAACGGCUUUGGGGUUCUUUUUUCUUGUAAUUAGUGUGACCAUCAAAAUCUGUAGAUGAUGAAAGUACCCUCUCUUUUUUUGUUGCUGUUGUUGUAAUAAAGUGAAUGCUUGAAAAAUAUUUGACCAUUAUUUGACCAACGUUCGAACAAGCCAGGUGACCCAAGUCUUUCUUUUUCUUCCGAAUCCUUCACAUACCCAGCUCUUGACUUUCAGGAUAAAGGGGGUUGCAUUGCUGGCUUUCUGCCCUGCACCACUUCCAUCCCCAUGCCAUUUCUUCUCUCCUGCCAUUGCUCUUAUGGGACGUGGGUGGCGCUGUGGGUUAAACCACAGAGCUUAGGACUUGCCGAUCAGAAGGUCGGCGGUUCGAAUCCCCGCGACGGGGUGAGCUCCUGUUGCUCAGUCCCUGCUCCUGCCAACCUAGCAGUUCAAAAGCACGUCAAAGUGCAAGUAGAUAAAUAGGUACCGCUUCGGCGGGAAGGUAAACGGCGUUUCCGUGCGCUGCUCUGGUUCGCCAGAAGCGGCUUAGUCCUGCUGGCCACAUGACCCAGAAGCUGUACGCCGGCUCCCUCGGCCAGUAAAGCGAGAUGAGCGCCGCAACCCCAGAGUCGGCCACGACUGGACCUAAUGGGCAGGGGUCCCUUUACCUUUUUACCAUUGCUCUAAUUUUGGGUGGCAUUAAGAAUUCAGUGCCUCUGGCUAAGCUAGGUUGGGAGCUGGGGAGCCUUGGGGAACAUUGUGUCAUGUAGUGUUCUUACAUAACUGGCCGAUCGCUUUCCCUUCGUUGGUGAGCAGGCAGAACUAGGAGACUCUUUGCAAUCGCACUCGGCAUCCUGGCUCGUGCUUGGAUGUUUUUUGCAUUUUGACUUCUGGGAAGGCCAGUCCUCUCCCACCUGACUCCCAGGAAAGGAUCUGCCCGGUUACACGGGCAUCAGCUCCCCGGCGUAGCCAAUCAGGGAGGCUUCGUUAGCACGGAACUCGGUCGGCAUAGAAGAUUAAGGGGGCAGCUAUCUGAUUGGUCACAAAUAGCUGAGGGAGGGGACGGAGGGCGAAGAGCCUUAGCGAGCGGUGGAAUUAACCAGCCAAUUCAUUCUGCCCUAGAUUCGAUGCGGACGAAUGGGCUCGUUCAUCAUCCUAUUACGUAUGCCUCCUCCGGCCCGUCCUUCUCUUCUUAGCAAGAGCUUUGCCAAAGUCCAGUAAUCCUGACGUCCUUUCCUGCAAGGAAAUAGCUGUAUCUGUUACCCGUAUCGCCGCUGGUUAGUGGAGGCCGGCCGAGAACCCUUCCCUGACCAUAAAGGCAGUGGGUGGCAGAAGGGAUGUUCUUCAAGGGUCAGAAAGCUGUAUCUCUGCUGCCAGGGUUCAUGGUACAGCGAUCUCUCCACGCUGGAAUCUUUUGGACACCAAAUUUAACUGAUAAGAGGACUUUGUCCUCCUAGCCCUUCUCCCGUUAACCCCAGUCGAUGGAGAUCGGCUGCGGUUAUUCAGUGGAGAAGAGGAGCGCACUCGCUUCACCACCUCACGUGUCCCUAGCCUUAGCUAGUACGUUUCCGAGCACAAUUCAAAGUGUUGGUGCUGACCUUUAAAGCCCUAAACGGCCUCGGUCCUGUAUACCUGAAGGAGCGUCUCCACCCCCAUCGUUCAGCCCGGACACUGAGGUCCAGCUCUGAGGGCCUUCUGGCGGUUCCCUCAUUGCGAGAAGUGAGGUUACAGGGAACCAGGCAGAGGGCCUUCUCGGUAGUGGCGCCCACCCUGUGGAACGCCCUCCCUUCAGAUGUGAAGGAAAUAAGCAGCUAUCCUAUCUUUAAAAGACAUCUGAAAGCAGCCCUGUUUAGGGAAGUUUUUAAUAUUUAACGCUGUACUGUUUUUAACACUUGAUUGGGAGCCGCCCAGAGUGGCUGGGGAAACUCAGCCAGAUGGGCGGGGUAUAAAUAAUAAAUUAUUAUUAUUAUGUUAUUAUUAGCUCUGACACUGAAGUCAUGUUUCGGGGUGAACCUGAGCAUCCUGUUUGCAGAGGGGCAGGGGCUCCCAUGAGCAGAACAGAGUGUUUCAGUUCGGGGGCAAAUUCAUAGCGGAGGAGGCUCUCCGUGGCUACUGGCCCCUGGUGGCUGUGGUCUGCCUGCAAACUGGGAGGCUGCCAUGCUUCUGAAUUGCAGAAGGAGAGAAGUAGCUCCUGUGCUCGAAUCCUGUUUGCAGGGCAUCUUGUUGACCACUGUGAAAACAGGAUGCUGGACUUAAGUGGGCCAUUGGCCUGACCCAGCCGGCUCCUCUUGUGUCCUUACAUGCCUACUCAAUCCAAAUUCUGCACCAAUAAAGGAUGAUUUCUGCGACCGGCGUGGAUUAGGUACAUUGACAGAACGUGCACAACUCGUCUUCUGUUUCCUGAUCUCCGGUUCUAGAUUUGCUAGUUGCGGGUCAGGAGCUUUGCUGCUCACCGAAGCUACGGAAAUCCCAUCCAGCCCUCUUCCUGCCCUGCUGAGAUGCCAGCAGCAGAGACACAGCCAUAAGGGCUAGGCCUCGAUUCUUUUAAAUAAUGAAAAAGACAGUUCUCAGAGAGCUGAAUUCUGCAAACUGGAUGCUUUAUUUGUGAAACUGCAGACACAAUCCUGACCGCUCCAGAAUGUCACUUCGUCUCAGUGAUCUAUCAAACGCCGAGCCCAAGGAGGUCAUGUGACAAUCUCUUCCUCCCUCCCCCCCCCUCUCAAUAUGACUGGGGGCUUUUGGAAUGCCCUGGGGAGAUUAACUGUGUGUUUGGAGUGGGGAGGCCUCCAGCCCCGAGGUCAGUGCUGCCCACUGCAAAUUCAAGCCCAGCACUGGGUGUGCUUCUGCUGGUCGUCCUAGACUGCUCCUGGACAUUAACGCUUGCCAGUAGGGACUGUGCAUGCGCUUCUUACUUCUGCCACGGGGCCCCAGCGAAGCCAUUGCAGCACUCGGUCGGGACACAGUGGGACUGAAGCCAGGUUGCUGUCUAGGCAGGGCCUGACGUGUGCCCGCCUUUCUACCAGCUGGGACUGAGAGAGCGUGAUGGCGAACUCUGCCCCGUGGCGCUGACUACAUCCUUCUGAUCUGGCUCAGUGGGCCUGGAGCCCUGCAGGUGGAGGCCAUUCCAGCCCAGUUUCCUGCUCCCUCGGUGACCAGCCAGAUGCCACAACAGACCCUGUGGCAUCCCUCUCCCCAUUGAGAGACAUACUGUCUCUGCUGCUGGGUGGCAUCUCUGGGCAUGAGCGGGACUCUGCCUCGCUCGGCCUUGCAUUCCCCACCUGCAAUUUGGGAAGGGUACAGUGGACGCUCAGGUUGCGAAUGUGAUCCGUGCGGGAUGCACGUUCGCAACCCGCAGUGUUCGCAACCCACGUCUGCUCAUGCGCGGGUUGCGAUUCUGCGCUUCUGCCCAUGCACAAAGCACGAUUUAGCGCUUCUGUGCAUGCGUGACCACCAAAAUCCGGAAGUACAGUGGUACCUCUGGAUGUGAACGGGAUCUGUUCCAGAGCCCCGUUCGCAUCCAGAAGCGAAUGCAACCCUAGUCUGCACGGGUUGCGAUUCGCCGCUUAUGCGCAUGACCUCAUUUUGACCAUCUGCGCAUGAGCGAGCGGCAAAACCUGGAAGUAACGUGCUAUGUUACUUCCAGGUCACCACACCCCGCAACCCAAAAAUACUUAUCCCAAAGCUACUUCAACAUGAAGUAUGACUGUAACCCGUUCCGGUACUUCCGGGUUUCGGCAGUCCACAGCCCAAAACACCGCAACCUGAAGCAGCUGUAACGCAAGGUAUGACUGUACUCCCGGUCGCAUACAGAGAGGAAUACAUUGGCCUUCUAAAGCAUUACAUAAAUGAGGCGUGCCACAUGCUACCCGCUUUGCCUUGCGGCUCUUAGAGAAGCUUGCGGCACCCCCUUUUCUCCCCCCCCCCACUCUUCAGCUCCUUCCUUCUCUGCUGGGAGCCCUGACAUCCUCUCCCAUUAAUGGGGCCGAUCAGUCGCUCCCUCCAGCUGUCACAGGCGAUAGCAUCUAUUUUUAUUUGUGUGUGUGUGUGUAUUCCCUUUAAAGCGCAGGAGCGUUCUUACCUUCCACGUGGCCUGAAUUAGGGGAAAUGGACAGGAGGGACCGGGCCUGUUUAAAAAUUAAAGCUGAUUACAAGGCAUUAACGUUGCAUUUAAAGGAAUAGAUGGCCGUCCUCGGGUGCUCGCCGCCCGCUGCAAUAUGUUCCCUCCUGCUCUGCGCCAAGGAAUAGCAGCCUGCGCUGUUGACGGGAGGAGAAGCUGGCAGCCAUUUUGGGCCUCAGCAAGCGGGAGACCUCAGAAAGCGUUUGGGAGGUUUUUUGGGCCGCUGUCCCUUCAGAGAGGCCGCUGGUCCUCUCUCAGCAGCUAGAGGGGCUUUCUUUUCAGGGUGAGCGUCAAGUCAGAUAAUCGGGUCCUUCUUCCUGCAACGCAUGAUUAAAACUGUGGAACUCACUGCUGCAGGGGCCAGAGAUGAGAGAAAUUCAUGGAGGAAAAGGGCUAUCAAUGGCUGCUAGCCAGAUUGGCUGUGCCUCCGCGGUUGGAGGCGGUGAUGCUUCAUUCUAAAUCCCAGUUUCUGGAAACUGCAGGAGCAGAGAGUGAUGCUCUUGCGCUUGAACCCUGCUUGCAAGUUUCCCAGGGCUACUCUGAGAAUAGGAUGCUGGACAAGACGGGACAUGGGCCUGAUCCAGCAAGCUUGUCUUAACGUUCCUUGCACUUUCUGGAGAUUCUCUACAUCUUAAAAGGGGUGGUGGGUAUCCCUUUCCUAGCAGGGCAGGGAAGGUUGGUCACUCAUGCUCCCAGCUGGUAGGAGAAUGGCAAUACGGUGGACACUCGGGUUGCGAACGUGAUCCGUGCGAGAUGCAUGUUCACAAGCCGCAGCAUUCGCAACCUGCAUCUGUGCAUGCAUGGGUUGCGAUUCGGCGCUUCUGCGCAUGCGCGACCACCGAAACCUGGAAGUAACCCGGUCCAGUACUUUUGGGUUUCAGCAGUCCGUAACCCAAAAAACACAACCUGCAGCUGCUGUAAUAAUAAUAAUAAUAAUAAUAAUAAUAAUAAUAAUUUAUUUACACCCCGCCCAUUUGGCUGGGUUUCCCCAGCCACUCUGGGUGGCUUCCAACAGAACACUAAAAUACAAUAACCUAUUAAACAUUAAAAGCUUCCCUAAACAGGGCUGCCUUCAGAUGUCUUCUAAAAGUCUGGUAGUUGUUGGUCUCUUUGACAUCUGGUGGGAGGGCGUUCCACAGGGCGGGUGCCACCACCAAGAAAGCCCUUUGCCUGGUUCCCUGUAACUUGGCUUCUCGCAGUGAGGGAACCGCCAGAAGGCCCUCGGAGCUAGACCUUAGUGUCCGGGCAGAACGAUGGGGAUGGAGACGCUCCUUCAGGUAUACUGGACCGAGGCCGUUUAGGGCUUUAAAGGUCAACACCAGCACUUUUUUUUUAAAAGAUAUUUAUUAAAGUUUCAACAUAUUACAAAAAUAAGCAAAAAAAGAAAGAAGAAAUAAAGAAAAAAAAUAAAAAAUGAAAAUACAAGAUAAAAACAAUUAAAAAACAGAUUAGUCUUUCCAUGUCUUAUCUUUCAUUUGCUUGUUUCCCCGACCUCCUCACACCUCCCUUUUCGUAUUCCAGUUCAAAUUAGUUGGUUCAGCAAAUCCUUUCCCUCUUUAAUUUUAUCUUAAUCUCUCAUCUUAAAGUAUAAUAACUUUAGAUUAUCACCUGUUAACAAUCCAUUUUUACAUAUUCCUUUUAACAUUGCUGCUAAAAACCACUUAACUUCAAUCCCACAUCAUUCUAACAUUCAUUAAUUUUGCAGUAUUUCUGUAAAUAGUCUUUAAAUUUCUUCCAAUCUUCUUCCACCGACUCUUCUCCCUGGUCUCGGAUUCUGCCAGUCAUUUCCGCCAGUUCCAUAUAGUCCUUGUGUCUUCCAAUACUUUGCAAUAAGUAUUCUUGCUGCUGUUGUAGCAUACAUAAAGAAAGUUCUAUCCUUCUUUAGCACCAAUUGGCCAACCAUGCCCAGGAGAAAGGCCUCUGGUUUCUUCAGAAAGGUAUAUUUAAAUACCCUUUUCAUUUCAUUAUAAAUCAUCUCCCAGAAAGCCUUCAUCCUUGGGCACGUCCACCAAAGGUGAAAGAAUGUACCUUCAGUUUCUUUACAUUUCCAACAUUUAUUAUCGGGCAAAUGAUAGAUUUUUGCUAGCUUGACUGGUGUCAUGUACCACCUGUAUAUCAUUUUCAUAAUAUUCUCUCUUAAGGCAUUACAUGCCGUGAACUUCAUACCUGUGGUCCAUAACUGUUCCCAGUCAGCCAUCAUUAUGUUAUGUCCAACAUCUUGUGCCCAUUUAAUCAUAGCUGAUUUCACCGUUUCAUCCUGAGUAUUCCAUUUCAACAGCAAGUUAUACAUCUUUGACAGAAUCUUGGUUUUGGGUUCUAACAGUUCUGUUUCCAAUUUUGAUUUUUCCACCUGGAAGCCAAUUUUCUUGUCCAAAUUAUAUGCCUCCAUUAUCUGAUAAUAAUGAAGCCGAUCUCGCACUUUAUUUUUUAGUUUUUCAAAACUCUGCAAUUUCAAUCUGUCUCAACACCAGCACUUUGAAUUGUGUUCGGAAACGUACUGUAACCCAAGGGAUGACUGUAUCAGGAACUCAGGCUGGGAAGGGAUGCUUUCGCCCCAGGGAACCGGCCUUGACUGCCCCCUGCAUUCUGUGACUUGGUUUCAGCCGCUGCUGCCACCACUCAGGACAUUUUUGGUGACUCAUUUAUAAUGCAUCAGCAGAGGAGAGACGAUAAUCGCAGCCAUUUCUGCUGAGAGGGGAAGCCUUGGAGAUCAGGAAGAGAUGCUCAUCUCUUGUCCAAGGAGCCGGGCCACUGGCACAUGGGCUAAAGCUUCAGCUUUUGAGUUGAUUGAUUGGUUAAUCAACUCAAACCCUUCUGCGCUGCGCCGGCCUGAGCUGCAGAAGACGGUCCCACUAAGUUCAGUGUUACUUAACUCCCCCUGUUCGCGGGUUUAAUAUCGUAGACCGAAACGAUGCUCCCCCGCUCCAGUUAGCAAAAGGCAGAAGAGAGAAUUUUCCUGCUCCACUUCUCACACGAGAGGAGGGAUGGAAGAGGAUUAGAUUGACCCAAUUUGCACCUUCCAGACUAAUUCAGAGAUCUGAAUGCAAUUAUGCGCCUCUGAGUUUUGUGCUAUGGUGCUCAGUUCAAAAAAUUUACUGGAUGGCAUUAAAAAAAACCAUGUGUAUUAAAGUAAAGUACAUUUUGAAAUGUGUACAUUGCAUACAUUGAGAUAAAAUACAUACAUAACACACACACAGACACACACACACAUAUAUAUAGAGAGAGAGAGAGUGAUAAAAUAUACAUUUAAAUACAGAGGAUUUAAAAAAAAAUGUUCAGAGAUUAUUGUGGAAAUGGGAUCAAACAGAGCCCUGCAGAAUUUGCCCUGGACGGGAUUCAUCCAUUCCUGAACAAGGGGGAAUAUGUCUUCUGAGAUAGCCCCCUCUAUGCAUAAAAAUCUAUGUGCCCUUUCUUUCUUCAAAACUGCAGAUGAUGCAAAUAUAAAGUAAUAAUUUAUUAUUUGUACCCCGCCCACCUGACUGGGUUGCCCCAGUCACUCUGGGUGGCUCAUAUAAAACUCAUGUAGUGGAUUGAUUUUAACAUUUCAUUCGUCAAUCUUAACAUCGCUGUUUUUAUAUUGCCUCUCCUGUUCGCUAUUUUCCUUCCCACUACAAUAAUUUGCCUGGAGAAUGACUGAGGAAUUUGUAAGCGUGCUUCUGUUGAAAUUCUCACUGCCCAGGAAGACCAGCUGUUCUGUGGGGAAACCUGCAAACUUUGCUGCCUUUUAAUGUCUUUGCCACUAUCCCCAGUCGUUUUCAAUGUGCUGUGCUGUGUUAGGCUGCAGGCCAGCGGGAAAUUGCAAGGGUGGCCCACUUCCUGCCUGUCCCCCUGUUCUCGCUGAGCCUCUGAGCAUGUUGAUUCCUGGCUUUUCAUCUCCCUGCUUAAAAGCAGGCUUUAUUACAAACGAAAAUGAAAACGUGUUACGUCUUUUUAGUAACUGCUAAUACAACGUGCAGAGGGAUGCGGGUGGAGCUGUGGGUUAAACCACAGAGCCUAGGACUUGCCGAUCAGAAGGUCGGCGGUUCAAAUCCCCGUGACGGGGUGAGCUCCCGUUGCUCAGUCCCUGAUCCUGCCAACCUAGCAGUUCGAAAGCACCUCAAAGUGCAAGUAGAUAAAUAGGUACCGCUCCGGCGGGAAGGUAAACAGCGUUUCUGUGCGCUGCUCUGGUUCGCCAGAAGCGGCUUAGUCCUGCUGGCCACAUGACCCAGAAGCUGUACGCCGGCUCCCUCGGCCAAUAAAGCGAGAUGAGCGCUGCAACCCCAGAGUCGGCCACGACUGGACCUAAUGGACAGGGGUCCCUUUACCUUUACCUAAUACAACGUGCAGUCAUAGAUGAGUUGUGAUUUAGUUGUGAUUCCUACUUUGCAAGGGGUUGGACUAGAUAGCCGCUGGGGUCCCUUCCAACCCUGCAAUUCUGUGAUUCUGUGCUUGCCAGUUCUAAGAUGCAGCUAUCUCUAAUCUAGUUGCGGUGUUGCUUAGCACUGCCUUGGCCUUCCCUGCCCAAGCCCCUAUUAUGAACAGGAUUCGAGAGAAACCCAACACAGAUAAAGGAGAGCGAUAAAUGCCAUGCAUAGUUCAAGCUAUGGUUUUCCCAGUAGUGAUGUAUGGAAGUGAGAGCUGGACCAUAAAGAAGGCUGAUCGCCAGAGAAUGGAUGCUUUUGAAUUCUGGUGCUGGAGGAGACUCUUGAGAGUCCCAUGGACUGCAAGAAGAGCAAACCUAUCCAUUCUGAAGGAAAUCAGCCCUGAGUGCUCACUGGAAGGACAGAUCCUGAAACUGAAACUUUGGUCACCUCAUGAGAAGAGAAGACUCCCUGGAAAAGACCCUGAUGUUGGGAAAGAUGGAGGGCCCAAGGAGAAGGGGACGACAGAGGACGAGAUGGCGGGACAGUGUUCUCGAAGCUACCAGCAUGAAUUUGACCAAACUGCGGGAGGCAGUGGAAGACAGGAGUGCCUGGCGUGCUCUGGUCCAGGGGGUCACGAAGAGUCGGACACGACUAAACAACUAAACAACAAGAACAAGGGCAGCACUACUUGCACUGAUGUGCUUUUGAACUGCAGGAGCUGGGACAGAGACCAGGACGUAAGAGACCAAGGUUCAAAGCCCCACGCAGCCGUGAAGCUCACUGGGUGAUCCUGGGGACCAGCCACUGCCUCUCAGCCUAACCUACCUCACAGGGUUGUUGUGGGGAUUGAAUGAGGAGAGAGAAAACCAUGUACACCACCUUGAGAUCCUUGGAGGAAAAGUGGGAUAUCAUCAACGCAAUGCAAUAAAAUAACAGCAAGAAUUGGCUCCUGCGCAUCUGGGGCAGGUGUUUGGGGCCAGCAUGCAAACUUCCAGGCCAUGCACCAGAAAUGCCUACGUUUUGCACCCGUGCUUAAUCUCCUUUCUCCAUGAAUACCAACGGCACUUUCCUCACGUCUCUUGGGUGCAACUCAGGAGGCAAAAGGGGCAGAGAAGGAGGCUGGUGAAGUUUGCCAGCAUUUGCUUUAGCCUUUGAUUGGAUGGGUGGCUGAGGACACGGAUGCGCUGGCGUUUCUCUGGCGUGCGGUGCCAGGAACUGAGCAGCAGCUCUGUAGCCCUUCUGGCUGCAAAUCCUGCCCCCUGAUGCAAUGGGGAGGGCAAUGCUUUGCCUGCCUGCCUUUUUCUCCUCUCCCUCUCCAGCCCCACAUCUCCCAGUGACCUUCUCAGUCCCGGGGACAGCUUGGCUUUGCUGGGAAGCGGAUCAUGUGACUGCAGUAAUCCGUAGCCAGUAAACAGCUGUGCGGGGAGCUUGCAGGAAGAAUCGGCCUCUUUCCACCCCACGGACACACGCAAACGCACGCUCCCCUUGCCCUGCAGAUUCUGAAAUGAGAACAAGAGGCCAUGGGGCAGCCACCGUUGUGUGGAGGUCACUGUAACUCUCUGAGGUUUUUCUGCCGGACAUAGGAACGUAAACCAACCCCUGUGUUGCAAAAGAGAAUGUCAGCAAUGUUUAGGCAACACGAUGACCAUAUGCAUACGUAAUAAUAAUAAUAAUAAUAAUAAUAAUAAUAAUAAUAAUUUUUAUUUAUACCCCGCCCUCCCCAGCCAAGGCCGGGCUCAGAGCGGCUUACAAGCAAUAAUAGACAAUUAUUUGUAAUAGACAAUCUUUAUAGAAUUCCUUCAAACAAUAACAAGUUCAAAAUGAAAUCUUAGACUUAAAGUCUUUGAAUGAAGCAAGGUACCAAACUUUGUACAAUGAAAGAUAAGCUGUGAAGCUUUGUGUAUUUAGCAAAUAUAAUGUCCAAUACUGAACAGAGAUUCUGGAUAUUGACUGCUGUUUCGUAGAUCUUCGUCAGCGUGGUGGGAGAAUAAUGUAGUCGUUAUUACAUGAGCACUGCUCCACAGCAUUUGAUAUUUUCAUUCACAUAUAUUCAUUCAAAAUAAGAUGGGUUUAUGAAACAAUUCCGGGACGCGGGUGGCGCUGUGGGUUAAACCACAGAGCCUAGGUCUUGCCAAUCAGAAGGUUGGCGGUUCGAAUUCCUAUGAUGGGGUGAGCUCCCGUUGCUCGGUCCCUGCUCCUGCCCACCUAGCAGUUCGAAAACACGUCAAAGUGCAAGUAGAUAAAUAGGUACCGCUCCAGCGGGAAGGUAAACAGCGUUUCCAUGCGCUGCUCUGUUUCGCCAGAAGCGGCUUAGUCAUGCUGGCCACGUGACCCGGAAGCUGUACGCUGGCUCCCUCGGCCAGUAAAGCGAGAUGAGCGCCGCAACCCCAAAGUCAGCCACGACUGGACCUAAUGGUCAGGGGUCCCUUUACCUUUUUUAUGAAACAAUUCUAUAUUCUCCCAACAUGCUGACGAAGAUCUAUGAAACAGCAGUCAAUAUCCGGAAUCUCUGGGCAGUGUUGGACAUCUUAUUUGCUGAAGACACAAAGCUUCACAGCUUAUCUUUCAUUGUACAAAGUUUGGUGCCGCACUUCAUUCAAAGACUUUCAGAGACUUUAAGUCUAAGAUUUCAUUUUGAACUUGUUAGUGUUUGAAGGAAUUCAACAAAGAUUGUCUGUUAUGUAUGCAUAUGGUCAUCGUGUUGCCUAAACAUUGUUGACGGACAUAGGAUCCUAGGCAGCUGCCUUAUAGCAAGCCAGACCAAUGGUCCAGUAUUGUCUGCACUGACGGGCAGCCGCUCUCCAGGGUUUCAGGCAAGAGUCUCUCCCAUCUCCAUUGGGGAGGUGCCGUUGGGGAUUGGACCUGGGACCUUCUGCAUGCAAGGCAGGUGUCCUGAGCUACAGCCCUUCCUCAUCUUGCACCCAGGAACUCCGGCUCGCCUUUCUCCGCUGCCGCUAACCACAAUAACUCGUCGCUUUAAGUUCCCCCAUUUCCGGGUGCUAAUUCCUUGCGCCAGCCCGAGACAGGAAGAGUCCCAGCAGAUAGAGCCAAAAGGUCUAUCAGAUAGGCUCUGUCUAGGCGAGCCUUCUGUCUCCUGCUACAAGCAUUCUGGUGGGAAGCUCGUAAGCAAUGAAUUGCAGCCAGUUCCUCUCUCUUUUCUCCUUUUCGCUAGCCAUUGUUUCUGGGCAGGUCUCUUGAGCAAGUCUGCCAAACGGAGGAGACAGGAGGUGAAAUGUUAGAGCUGACGGACAGAUUUAACGAGCCAUCGGCAUUCACCCGGAGUCCUCUAAAGAACUUGUUAGAAAUUGCUUUUAACAACAGCAACAAAAUGCUGAUUGGAAUUUAAAUCAAACUCCUUUGCAGAGGAUUAGGAGACAGCCAUUUUAACACCGUUUGCCUGAAAGGCAUCUAAGGAGGAAACAGGAAAUCAUAGACCUGUCGACAUAAUGUCUGACCCAGGUUCAAUUGACAGAAAGAAUCGUUAAAACCCACAGAAGGAUAAGGAUCAGCAUGGCUUCUGCAAAAAGAAACCCUGCCAACAUUUUAGAUGAUGAUGAUGAUGAUAAUUAUUAUUAUUUAUUAUUUAUACCCUGCCCAUUCUAGGUGGCGUUCAACAAAAUAAAAUACAGUAAUGCAUCAAACACUAAAAGCUUCCCUAAAGAGGGCUGCCUUCAGAUGUCUUCUAAAAGUCUGGUAGUUGUUCUUCUCUUUGACAUCUGGUGGGAGGGCGUUCCACAGGGCGGGCGCCACCACCGAGAAGGCCCUCUGCCUGGUUCCCUGUAGCUUUGCUUCUCGCAGUGAGGGAACUGCCAGAAGGCCCUCGGCACUGGACCUCAGUGUCCAGGCUGAACGAUGGGGGUGGAGACGCUCCUUCAGGUAUACUGGACCGAGGCUGUUUAGGGAUUUAAAGGUCAGCACCAACACUUUGCAGAGUGUGAACAAGCAGGUGGCUAGGGCUGAUCUGGUAGAUAUUUUACUCUUGGACUUUCAGAGAGCUUUUGAUGCAGGUCCUCAUCAAAAGUUCUUCCAGAUCCGCACUUGGAGAAAUAUUGGGACCAGCCAAAAUGUUACGCAAGUUUGGCAAGCUUUCAGGUUCUCCAGAACUCUACAUUGGGCACAAUGUCAGUGACUCAAAGCAGGGAAGCUGAGGUCUGUCUGUUUUUGCUAUUUAUUUUGCGCUUUUGUUUUUGCUACUCUUUUUUGUUUUGUUAUUGUGACUGUGUGGAACCCGGUUCAGCUCCUGAUGGAUUGAUGGAUUGUGUGACUUCAGUACAUCGUUUAUUGCUUUCAUUUUAUGGAUCAAUGGUUUCAUUGGAUAGUAAAAUCCAUGCUAAAUUGGUGUUUCAGGGUUUGUUUUUAAAAGUCUGGAACGGAUUAAUCUGUUUUGCAUUGCUUUCUAUGGGGAAGCGCGCCUUGGUUUUGGAACGCUUUGGUUUUGGAACUGACUUCCGGAACGGAUUAAGUUUGAGAACCAAGGUACCACUGUAUGGGUGUUUGUAUGGUUUCGUCAUGGCCUUUGCCAAGUACCAUAAAAUCUUAUUGACCUAUAUCUUUAUAGCUUUAUCUGAGUGCCUGGCGAGGACUAGACAUGUAGCCUGGGGCAAGGCCCAAUCGGACAGUUUUCACGUGUGCUUGUCUCUGUUCUUUGACCACACAAAUAGGAGAGUCAUCUAUGAGCAGCCCCUCCUGCAAUUCCUUGUUGUGGUUGGGCUAUUAUAUAAAGGGACCCCUGACCAUUAGGUCCAGUCGUGGCCGACUCUGGGGUUGCGGCGCUCAUCUCGCUUUACUGGCCGAGGCAGCCGGCGUGCAGCUUCCGGGUCGUGUGGCCAGCAUGACUAAGCCGCUUCUGGCGAACCAGAGCAGCGCACGGAAACACUGUUUACCUUCCCGCCCACCGUUUACCUAUUUAUCUACUUGCACUUUGAUGUGCUUUCGAACUGCUAGGUUGGCAGGAGCAGGGACCGAGCAACGGGGGCUCAUCCUGUCGCGGGGAUUUGAACCGCCAACCUUCUGAUCGGCAAACCCUAGGCUCUGUGGUUUAACCCACAGCGCCACCCGCGUCCCUAGGGCUAUUAUAUAGACUCACCUUAAAAUCUUGGCUACCUGUAACUGUGCUUCUGUCAUUUUCUUCUUUUUUUGCACCGACUAUUCUUCGCGCAUUGCUCUGCCACUGUUGGUUAUGUGUUAAUAAUAAAUCAAUAAGAAUUGUGUUGCGGUUUUUAAAAAAAUAAUAAUCAGGCAACAGGUAGUAACCCCGAUUAGACACUACCACCACCAGCAUGUUCUGAACGGAUUGAAGUUUCUGGAAUGUUUCCCCAAGGCCCACCCUGGUAAAGUCCCCACCCCACCCCACCCAUGGAUUGCACCCGGAAUUCGUGCGCCUUCAUUUGGGGCAGGGUGCCACACCAGGGAGCAGCACCGACAGCCGUACAGACGUGCUCUUCGCACCCCCACCCCCCCGCCGCCCUUGCCCAAGUUGUGAGCAAAGGGAUUUUCUCUUUAAUACCAUUGAAAGGGUCCGAAAUCCCAAGCUUUAGAUUAACAUGUGCCAACUAGAUUAAGGCUAAUCAGAGGGGCAGAUGCGUGGGGUGACAGUCCCAGGCCUGAUUACCAUAUCUCUGGGGCUUUAACCGCGGCUGCUCUCCCAAGGGCAGGGUCCUGCAGGGAACUUGCCCGCCUCUCCCUUUGCUCGCUUUCUCGGUGCCGAAGGCCGUUGCAUCCAAGCCUGGGGAGCGAUUCAGCAUAAUCCCCUUGGAGCAAAGGACGUUUGUGUGUGUUUUUGUGUGCAUGCACAGACAGCUCCCGGUUUUUAAGCUCCCGUUCUGUACAUGAGGCGAAGCCAGGCUAAAUGACAUAUUUAGCAAUGGUCUCGUUGCACAUUGACCUUUCUUGGUUUUCCCUUUUACAGUGGUACCUCGGGUUACAUACGCUUCAGGUUACAGACUCCGCUAACCCAGAAAUAGUACCUCGGGUUAAGAACUUUGCUUCAGGAUGAGAACAGAAAUCAUGCUCCGGCGGUCCAGCGGCAGCAGGAGGCCCCAUUAGCUAAAGUGGUGCUUCAGGUUAAGAACAGUUUCAGGUUAAGAACGGACCUCCGGAACAAAUUAAGUACUUAACCCGAGGUACCACUGUACUUUGUUUUUCCUCUUUUCGCUCACCUGUCCUUUUCCUUCCUCCAUCUCUCUCCUUUCCUUUUAUCCCAGCUGAGAGCUCCAGGCUUGCAACCCAAUGUGCUCUCUCUGCCCCAGUGACAAGGGGCAAGUUUGGCCAUACAGUCAUCCCUCAUGUUAUGUUUGCUUCAGGUUGAACAUUUUCAGGUUGCAUCCUGCGAUGACCCAGAAGUAACGAACAUUUUCAGGUUGCAUCCUGCGAUGACCCAGAAGUUACUUCGCCUCUCGCGCAUGCGCAGGCGUGCAAAAUGACAGCGCGCGCAGAAGCGGGUUGCGUUCUGUUCAGGUUGCGAACGGGCCUUCGGAACGGAUCCCAUUUGCAACCAUAGGUACCACAGUGGUACCUCAGGUUAAGUACUUAAUUUGUUCCGGAGGUCCGUUCUCAACCUGAAACUGUUCUUAACCUGAAGCACCACUUUAGCUAAUGGGGCCUCCUGCUGCCGCCGCGCAAUUUCUGUUCUCAUCCUGAAGCAAAGUUCUUAACCCGAGGUACUAUUUCUGGGUUAGCGGAAUCUGUCACCUGAAGCGUCUGUAACCUGAAGUGUAUGUAACCCGAGGUACCACUGUAUUUCAUUUCUUCUUUUUUUUAAAUGCAGCAACAGAACUCUGACUUUGGGAUAUUUAUAGGUUUGCUUGUUCAUGACCAGUCUUUCAUCCUAUGGUCCCAGGGCGGGUUACAACAUUAAAAAUAGUUUAAAACGACAUACAACCAGUAUUUUGUUUUGUUUUUGCGGGGGGACGCAUGCCCCUAAACGUUUCGUGAAUCUAAGUUUGGCCUCAUUGUGGGGGCAGUAUUUCAAUAUGAGUAGGAAAAUGAGAGUACCCCUAAACAUUUUUUAAGGGGGGGAAGCACUGUGUACAACCAUAAAAAUAAGAUUAAGAUCGCUGGCGAGAAGCUGUUCCUACAAUCGCAUCCCCUGCCCUUCACUUCUCUCCCCACUUUCGGGAUUCAGAUUGUAGGCUGUGUGGGGCAGAGUCCUUGUGCUCACGUGAUUCCAGGACGGGUCACAUGAGUGAAAUCAGCCUUUGCCAACUUGGUAAAGGGUAAAGGGACCCCUGACCAUUGGUUCCAGUUGUGGCCAGCUCUGGGGUUGUGGCGCUCAUCUCGCUUUACUGGCCAGCAUACAGCUUCCGGGUCAUGUGGCCAGCAGGACUAAGCCGCUUCUGGCGAACCAGAGCAGCGCACGGAAACGCCGUUUACCUUCCCGCCGGAGCGGUACCUAUUUAUCUACUUGCACUGGUGUGCUUUCGAACUGCUAGGUUGGCAGGAGCAGGGACUGAGCAACAGGAGCUCACCCCAUCGCGGGGAUUCGAACUGCCGACCUUCUGAUCGGCAAGCCCUAGGCUCUGUGGUUUAACCCACAGCGCCACCCGCAUCCCUGCCAACCUGGUACCCCCCUCCCAAAUGGUUUGAGAUUACUACCGGCAGCCCUAAUUGUAGUCUAAAACAUUAUGAGGUUGUUGAUGUUUAUAGCAAACCCCAAAUUAAGUUUUCUGCUGUUUUUAACUGAAUUAGCGUGUAGAAGUGUAUCGUUGCAUUCUGGCUUGGCUCUUCGGCUUCGUUUCCUCCAGAGUUGUUCCCCACCUCAUCUUUCUGCAACGUGCUUGAUCUAGGCUUGCCAGCAUGGACCUGGGAGAGACCAGGGUUCGAAUUCUCACUUGGCUGUGAAGCUCACUGGGUGACUUUGGAGGCUAGUCGCUGCCUCUUAGCCUAACCAACCUCAUAGGGUUGUCGUGGGGGUUAAAUGAGGAGCGGAGGAGCCAUUUAUACCAGCUUGAACUCCUGGGAGAGGAAGAUGGGAGAUUGAUUGAUUGAUUGAUUGAUUGAUUGAUUGAAUCUGUGAUCUGAAUUGUUUAGCAGGUAGGAGUUUAGAGCAUUGGCAAGUUUUAACAUCUAGCUCUGGAGUGUAGUCAGGAUUUUUAAAUUGGAAAAAAAGUAAUUUGGUUUUUAAGACGGCUUGCUAUAGAUCAUGUCCUGUGGAACGCCCUCCCACCAGAUGUCAAAGAGAAAAACAACUACCAAACUUUUAGAAGACAUCUGAAGGCAGCCCUGUUCAGGGAAGCUUUUAAUGUUUAAUAGGUUAUUGUAUUUUAGUGUUCUGUUGGAAGCCGCCCAGAGUGGCUGGGGAAGCCCAGCCAGAUGGGCGGGGUAUAAAUAAUAAUUUAUUUAUUUUUAAAUUCUUAAUGUCUAAACCAAGGUUUUCUGUGCAAAACAACAGGUCCAUCUUUUUGCUUCCUGGCAUGUAUAGCUGGUACGGAGGCCUGUUUCUAACAAAAGUCACUCACUGGCUCAGUUGAGACAGUUUGGAAGGCUGAGAUGUAACAGUAAACUAUGGUUUGAUCAAGCCAGGGAGUAACCAACUGGAUCAGGCAUAGGCAAACUCCGGUCCUCCAGAUGUUUGGGACUACAAUUCCCAUCACCCUUAGCUAACAGGACCAGUGGUCAGGGAUGAUGGGAAUUGUAGUCCCAAACAUCUGGAGGGCCAGAGUUUGCCUACGCCUGAACUGGAUCAAUGCAAGGGGAGGAGGGAAGGGGACGAACACUGGCCAAUGGAGAAAAGCUUCUCCUAAGUUCCCAGUACAAAUAAGUUUUUCUUUUCCUUUUAGGGGAAAAAGCAGCUUCAGAAUGGUGGUGGGUGGUGAUUUUCCCUGGGAACCUAACACUGGGAGAGAAAAAAAUUAACUAUCUCAUGAUAACAUAAAGUGUUCCUGCUAGAUCAUGGCCCCUUCAGUCCAGUAUCCUGCUCUCAGAUGCCUGCAAUCAGGAUUCGAACACAAGACCAACUAUCCUCUCUUGCAGUUUCCAGCAGCUGGGACUCAGAAGCACGUCUGCCCCCGACUGCAGAGGCAGAGAAGGGCCAUCAUGGCUAGGAGUCUUUUGACAGCCCUCUCCACAAAUUAGACAAAUCUUUUUAAACCAUCCAAGUUGGCAGCUGUCCGUGCCUCCUGUGGCAGUGAGUUCCAUAGGUUAACUAUGCGUCGUGUAAAAAAAAUUUUUUUUUUUAACCUUUCCUGAAUCUUCCCACAUUCGGCUCCAUUUGGCUCCAUGAAUUCUAGCGUAAUGAGAGAGGGAGAGAAACCUUUCUCAGUCCACUUCCUCCAAGCCAGACUUAACUCUACAAACUUCUAUUACGUCACCUCUUCCUCGCGAUUUCUCUAAACUAAAAAGUUUCAGAAGUCUCCCAACUGAACCACCCCACUCCCGUCGCUGCCGCUUGACGAACUGUAGAGAACUUGGAUAUGUUGCAUAGCUUGGUCCUGGGGAAAAUAGGAACCCGCGUGCAAAUUUCCCCUCAUGCUCAUUUCUGAAAAUGUUUUUCCUAAAGCACGGGUAGGCAAACUAAGGCCCGGGGGCUGGAUCCGGCCCAAUCACCUUCUAAAUCCGGCCUGCGGACGGUCCAGGAAUCAGCGUGUUUUUACAUGUAGAAUGUGUCCUUUUAUUUAAAAUGCAUCUCUGGGUUAUUUGUGGGGCAUAGGAAUUUGUUCAUUAUUUUUUUUCCAAAUUAUAGUCCGGCCCCCCACAAGGUCUGAGGGACAGUGGACCGGCCCCCUGCUGAAAAAGUUUGCUGACCCCUGGCCUAAAGAUUCCUAGCAUGUUUUUUCUAGUUCUGCUGCUGAUUUAUUGUGGUGCGGGGCUUGAAAGAGCAGCGCCCCCACUCCGUGAGUCUGUCUUGGACAGGCUUCUUCUUUUACCUGCUUUUCUGGGGAGAAGGUGGUGUUACCUGGCGGUGCCCAAGGGCGCCACGAUCGUCCAAGAAAGAGCAACCAGGCAGGGCUCAGGCCUGCCCAAUUUGGAGUUGCCUUGGAUACCAGGUCAGAGCGCUUAAGGCUUAAGCUUCCCUGUCUGCACAGCAAAGUGAUAUGAGGACACACAAAUCACAUUCUGCCUCCUGCUGCUGCUGCUGCUGUCAAACGGUGACCUUCAGGAAUGAAAUCCGAGGUCUGCGGCAGACUCCCUUUGCCCCUCCUUCAAAGCUUGCGGCUCAGGGAUUCCACUUCCCAGACCCAAGAAUUUUUGCUAAAGAUGUUUUCAUCAUCAUCAUCAUCAUCAUAAUUUUAUUUAUAUCCCGCCCUCCCCAGCUGAACCUGGGCUCAGAGCGGCUAACAACAAUAAAAGUAACACAGUUUACAGAAAAUCACAAGCAAUUAAUUGAAAUGCAUUCUACAAUUCACACUAAAAUCAAUUCAGAAUCAAAUUAAUGGCAACCACUGGGCUAGAGUGCUAUGAGGAUUACAGAAGGAGGAGGUCAGACUGUGCCUUGGCCAAAGGCCUGGUGGAACAGCUCUGUCUUGCAGGCCCUGCGGAAAGAUGUCAAGUCCCGCAGGUCCCUAGUCUCUUGUGACAGAGCGUUCCACCAGACCGGGGCCACGGCCAAAAAGGCCCUGGCUCUGGCUGAGGCCAGCCUAACCUCCCUGUGGCCCGGGACCUCCAAUAUAUUUUUGUUUGAAGACCGUAAGGUCCUCCGUGGGUCAUACCAGGAGAGGCGGUCCCGUAGGUCCGAGGGUCCUAGGCCGUAUAGGGCUUUGAAGGUUAAAACCAGCACCUUGAACCUGAUCCUGUACUCCACCGGGAGCCAGUGCAGCUGGUAUAGCGCCGGGUGAAUGUGAUCUCGCAGCGAAGACCCCAUAAGGAGUCUUGCCGCGGUAUUCUGCACCCGCUGGAGUUUCUGGGUCAGUCUCAAGGGCAGCCCCACGUAGAGUGAGUUUCAUGUUUGUAAUGAGAGCCUGUACUGUGCAGCGCUCAAGAGUGUCAGGCUAGGACCAGGGUUCGAAUUCCCAACUCGGCCACAAAGCUGGCUUGGAUGGUUUUGGUCACUGUUUCUCGCCCUAAACUACCUCACAGGGUUGUUGUGGGGACUGAAUGAGCAGGAGAAGGGAAGAACCACGUAGACCACCUCAAGCUCUUUGGAGAAAAAGGUGGGAUAUAAACACGAUAAUGAAAUAAUAGUAAUAAUGCAAAACAAUAGCAACCAUAAUCUGGUGCACAAAGUCACAAUUGUUGCAUGUGGUCCUUAGAAGGUCACCCAGAAGGGAGGCAGCCACUGGGCUUAAAAAAGCACCCCCCUGGGCUAGUCUUUGGGCAAAGGGGCUCAACAGCUCUCUUUUAUAGGCAGAAGAUGAGUCCCUUUUCGCUCUCAGGUGCUUUCAAAAAUCAGCAGCAAAAUCAGCGAAUGCUAUUCUAGGCCGCAUCAACAGAAGUCUAAGUGUCCAGAUCAAGGGAAGGAAUAGCCCCACUCUAUUCUGCCUUGGUCAGACCACACCUGGGAUACUGUGUCCAGUUCUGGGAACCACAAUUUAUGAAGGAUGCUGACAAGCUGGAAGGUGUGAGGAGGAGGGCAGCAAAAAUGACCAAGCGUCUGGAAACCAAGCCUUAUGAGGAACAGUUGAGGGAGUUGGGGAUGUUUUAGCCUGGGAGACUGAGAGGAGAUAUGCUAACCAUCUUCAAAUAUCUCAAGGGCUGCCCCAUGGAAUUUGGAGCAAGCCUGUUUUCUCCUGCUCUGGAGGGUAGGACCCGAACCAGUGGGUUCAAAAUACGAUACGAUAAUCUUUAUUGUCAUUUUCCCAUACAGAACAACAAAAUUGAAAAAUCUACAUAAGACAUUCAAAAACCAACAAGCCUGCUAUCCCAGCUAUCCCAACCUGGUUAGCCCCCUAAAAUCUCUGACACCCCAUUUUUAAAUACAAUAUACUCCCAUAGAGACUCCUUACACUGCAUCUAGAACCAAAAUCACAUUUGGAUAGAAGCUGUUUCUCAGGCAGCUAGUCCUAAUCUUUAUAACCCUGGAUCUUCUUCCAGAAGGCAGGAGCUGAAAGAGAUCAUUUCCGGGGUGCGCACUGUCCUUCGCUAUCUCUGCAGCUUUCUUGUGACACCUGGAAGCAUAGAUUUGAUCCAAGGUGGGAAGAGGGCACCCAGUUAUUCUCUCUGCAGUCUUUACAACCCUGGACAGCGUUGUUUUUCCCCUGACCGUGCAGCUCCCAAACCACACACACAGACCAUAAGUUAAUAUACUCUGCACAGUGCAAUGGUAAAAUGGCAUCAACAGGUCCUUUGAGAGAUUGUUUUCCCGGAGGAUUCUCAGAAAAUAUAACCUCUGCUGUGCUCUCUUCAUCAGGACGGGGAAUUAGAUUCCAACUUAACCUCAGGAAGAAUGGAAUCGCCUUCCUUGGAGGUUUUUAAGCAGAGGCUGGGCUUCCACCUGUCAGAGGGACAGGAUUCUCGCCUUGCCAGGGGGGUUGGACUAGAUGACCCCCCGGGGUCCCGUCCUACUCUCAUGAUUCCAUGAUCACAGGAACUGACUCAGCGCCUUGCCCAGCCUCGCCUGACCCUCUCCCCUCUCUCUUUCUCCGCAGGGCUCGUCCAGAUCCCCGUCAGCAUGUACCAGACGGUGGUCACCAGCCUUGCUCAGGGCAACGGCCCGGUCCAGGUCGCCAUGGCUCCCGUGGCCGCGAGGAUAACAGACAGCACUGUCACCAUGGACGGCCAGGCCGUGGAGGUGGUGACUCUGGAGCAGUGACGGGCGAGAGCGGCAGGAUCAUGGCACUGCAGCAGCUUCCUCCUCCCUUGUGCGAAUAGUUUUUUUUCUACGCCUCUGCGGAGGUGCAAUCAGGUGGCAUUUGUGAGUCUCGCAGCUUUGGAAGCAAAAAAAAAGGUUUCGUUUAACAAACAGGAAAAAACAACAACAACACACAAACACACAGGGUGUAUUUCGGAGCCGCGAUUUUUACAGCUCCUCUCGGGCCUCGCGAAAGCAAGGAAGCCUGUUUGGGGCAGGCUGGGCCAAGCCUUCGUCUCCCAUUGCAUGGACCCUCCUUUCUCAAAGCCGGGGUGAGAUGUGGCGGAAAAGGUUUAUAGCCCUCUCUUUUCAGGGCUUGUUGGGGGGGGAGGCGGGGUCCGCGGUGGGGCUCCCUGCAGGCUUUCCUGGCCCAGCAGGCCCCCACAAAGCCAGGCUCCUCCGCCUUCUUCGGGUCGAGAAUUAGGUAUCAUUUUAACAUGGACAUAUAUUUUAAAAGAGAGAGAUAGAGAAAGCAAGACUUGAGAAGACAAACUGGGGAAAGAGGCUUCCUCUUUUUUUCUCGCAAAGGCGUUGAAAGGGUAAGAAAAGUCCUGCGGGAGACAGCGAGGGCUGCAAUCUGUUGACUCUGGAUCCUGUCAGGAUGGAGGGACUGUUCCUCCUCCGUUCCUUCCUUCCAAAGUUAUUUGGUGACCUGUUGAAGGAGAUUCUGUCCUCCCUUUUUAAGUCCAUGCUCAAAGCCUUCCCUCCAAAGCCUCAUUUCCCCACUGGUGAAUUUCUGCGUGCGUUUUUGUUUUAGACUCUCCUCCCUUGGAAUGACAAGUUCGGAAAGGCACGAGGGAGAGACCAGUAGAAAGGCCCUGUUGGGUGUUGCGAAGGGAGACGGGUGGCAUUUAAGCACGCUCUCAUCGGCCACGUGGCUGAGAUCCCGACCUUCAGCUCCUGGUGGCAGUUCGGGUGGUGAGGGGCUUCAGAUCGCACACUAGAUCCCACCCACAAUUCUCGCUUUGAUUUCCUUCCCCCGACCCCUUCUCCUCCAAAUUGCACCUGGCACCCUGGGGCAGCGGCCCAUCCAAAGACCCCUUUCUCGUGGCAGCUGUCCGGAGCCCUUGGCGCCCCACCCCACGGCCCCAGCUGCGCACAUCCCCUUCGUGGCGGCCAAGGCCUCCCUCCAUGGCCCCAGGGCUGCAAACUCGACAUCAGCUGCCAUGCUGCGCCGUGCAGGGGCCCAGGGUUUGCACGUCUACGAAAGGCAUGUGGCCAGCGAGGCUGGGCACCCGCAGUCCCUGUGCGGAGUUGGCAAAGGGAAAGGUGAUAGCCCCCCGCCCCAGAAUGGGGGCUCAGGGAGGGCUGCCCCCCCCCUCACGUCUCCCCCAGGCAUUUUUUGAUAGCUGUUUUAGACAGGGCCAAGGCUUUCACUGGCCCCCAGCUAAGCAAAUGGCUGCUGUUGCCUCACAGGUAGAAUCACUCUCUUACUUUCCUAUUUCAAGCACCCUUUCCGGCUGGGAAUAGUACGCAGCAAUUAGUUUCGUUCUUUGCAUUCUUUUACACGGCCCAUUCACCACACCUCUCCUUGUCUGUCCCAACCUUUCAGGGCAGGGUUUUGCUUUUUCCAGAUUCUUGUGUUUACUUGGCUUUUUAAAAAAACAGAAAAUCUCAAAUGUAUAAUCACCGUCCCCCACCACCAACACCCCGGACUUAAAUCGAGGGGAGGGAAUCCUUCCUGUAGAAACAAAAGCCCAGGUCUCUGACUUAAUUUUUUUAAAUUUUUUAAAAAUAUUAUUAUUUUUUAUCGUCGUCGUGAAGAUGUCAGGUGUGACUUUACAGUCCGUGUUUCCUCUCUCUCUUUUUUUGGCAAUGGAAUAACGUUCCGAUAGACUGAGACAUUAUUCCCCGAGACCCAAAGAUAAACCAUCCUCGUUCCCAGCCACCCGCAGUCCUGUAGCAGAGCAUGGAAGUACCUGUUGUUCCCCCAAAUUCUGUCUAUUGCCUCAUUCAAUAAAUUGUUACAGAAGUGUCUAUAA